AUGUUCGGGCUGGAGCAGUUCGAGCCGCAGGGCAGCGGGCGGAGCGGCGAGCGCGGCGGCGGCGGCUUCGGGCCGGGCAUGGGCUCGCACUUCAAGCCGCCCCCCUUCCACGGCGGGACCCCCGGAGGCGAGGCGGGGACCCUGGGCGCCCUGAGCGAGCCCGCCUCGGCCAUGCUGGCCAUGAACUUGAACUUGCCCGGGGAGGCGUACGGCUUCCACGCCUCCUCCCGCGGGGGCCACGCGGACCUGCAGCAGGCCCAGCCGGUGCACGGCUUCUUCGGCGGCCAGCAGCCUUCGCACGGCGCCCACCAGCAGCCGCCGCCGCCGUCGCACUUCGGAAGCGGCGGCUUCGGGGCCGAGCCCAGCGCCUCCUGCCUUCACGGCGGCCGGCUCCUCAGCUACCCAGGCGGCCAGCAAAGCUUCGCUGCCGACGGCUACGAGCAGCAUCUGGCGGAGGGCCAGGCAGGCGCGGACGGCUUCGGGCAGCAGAGGGCAGGGCCCCUCCAGGACUUCCAGCCGCCGCAGCAGCACCACAACCCCGGCGUGCCGGCGCCCUGCCUGCCGCUGGAUCAGUCGCCCAACCGCGCGGCCUCCUUCCACGGCCUGCCAGGAGCCGCCACCUCGGAGCCGCACGGCCUCGACUCGCAGAGGCGCCUCCCCAGCCAAGCAGCGGCCGCCGUGGAGUCCCUGGAGUACAGUUACCCGAGCGGCGAGAGUCAUUUCGACCUGCCCGUCUUCUCGCCGUCGGAGGCCGACGGGCAGCUGCCCCACUACGGGGCCAGCAGGCAGCAAGUGCCGCCAGGCGGGGGGAACUUCCCCGGGCCCUCCUCGGCCUUGCCCCGAGGGCCCGGCGGCCUCGGCAAGGUGCACCCCCAGCAGCAGCAGCAGCAGCAGCACGGCGGCGGCGUGUUUUUCGAGAGAUUUGGGGGCGCUCGCAAGAUGUCGGUGGGCGUGGAGCCGAGCCUGGGCACAGGCAGGCACCCUUUAAUGCAGCAGCCCCCGCCGCCGGGGGCCCUGCUGGCCAGACAGAACUCGUGCCCGCCGGCGCUGCCCCGGCAGCAGCCGUGCCCCGAGGGCAACGCGGCCAACCCCGGCCUUCAGGACGGCGGCCCCCUCCUGCAAGGCCAGCACGCGCAGUUCGAGUACCCCAUCCACCGGCUGGAGAACAGGAGCCUGCAGCAUCCUUACGGGCCGGGCGAGCCGGUCUUCAGCGUUCACCACCACCCGCCGGCUCAGCAGCCUCCCAGCCAGCGGCUGCAGCACUUCGACGCCCCCCCCUACAUGAACGUGGCCAAGCGGCCCCGCUUCGACUCCUGGAGCGGCGGCGGCAGUGGCGCGGGCAUGCACAGCGCCAGCCUGGACAGCCACCUCUCGCCCUCGGCCGCCUACCCGGGUCUGCCGGGAGACUUCACGCCGCCGGGGCCCGAGAGCUUCCCGCCGCCGCCGGGCGCCGACCACCAGGCGGCUCUCCAGCAGCAGCAGCAGCAGCAGCAGCAGCGCCAGAACGCCGCCCUGAUGAUCAAGCAGAUGGCGGCCUCUCGCAGCCAGCAGCAGCGCCUCCGCCAGCCCAGCCUGCAGCAGCUGAGCCACCACCACGCGGGCCACCACCACCACCACGCGGGCCACCACCACGGCGAGCCCGCCUUCGAGGCGCAGGAGGGCGCCUGGUUCCCGGCGCCGCAUCCUCCCUCGGCUGCGCCGGGCGCAGGGGACUUGCUCUUCCGGCCAGGCGUGGGCGGCAUGCCGGGCUUGCAGGAGCCGCCGCCGCCGCUGAGGAUUCCGUCGGGGGGCGAAGGACACGUGCCCUCGCCGGGCAGCCUGCACGGCCAGUUCGGCCUGAGCCCGCCCUCGGAGCGCAGCAGGCCGGGCCCGCCGGACUUCGCGGCCCAGCAGGGCUUCCCUUUCGGCGCCUCCAGCCGCCAGGCCACCCCGCACAGCGCCUCGCCCGCCUCCUACGGGCCCCCGACGGACUUCCAGCCCUCUGGGCCGCCGCCGCCGCCCCGGCCGCCGCAGUCCAGCAGCAAGCUGGGCGCGCUCUCUCUCGGCUCCUUCUCGAAAGGGAGCGUGGCGGGCGGGGUGGCGGGGCCUCCCGGCGGCGGCGGCGGCGGGGCCCCGGGCCCCAAGGAGAGCAGCGGCCUCUUCGGGCAGAGCUGCCUGGCGGCCCUCUCGACGGCGUGCCAGAACAUGAUCGCCAGCCUGGGCGCGCCCAACCUCAACGUCACCUUCGGCAAGAAGGGCGCUCCGGCCGCGGCAAGCGGAGGCGUCGGGGCGGGGAGCGAAGGCCCCAAGCGGAGCAAGCUCGGCCCGGCCGAGCCUCCCAAGCCGGGCAGCGGCGGACCUCAGCCGCCGGCGCCGGCCCCGCCGGCCCCGGGCGAGAGCGGCCUGUCCCCCAAUUACUCGCCCGGCCCGGGCCCCGACGCCAAGGUAGGAGGCGGGCGCGGUCGGGGGCGCAGGAAACGGGACAGCGGGCACGUCAGCCCGGCCGCCGGAGGGGGCGGCGGCAGCAGCUUCUUUGACAAGUACGGCCCCACGGCCGGGGUGGAAGGCGGGAGCCCCGGGCAGGGGGCAGAAAGAGGGGGCGGCACUCCGCAUCUCCACGAGCCCCACAAGGCGCUGAGCUCGCCCCCGUCGGCUUGGGCCAAGGGAGGCGGCGGCGGCGGCGACCUCCUCCUGCCUCCGCCGCCGCCGCCUCUUUCCGAGCAGCCCGAGCUGCUGCCCUCCCUGGAGAAGGCGGACUCCUGCUCGCCCCGCGGCGCAGGCGACUUCCCCGACGAGGCCGGCAACGAGGACGAGGUGUCGUCGAGUUCCGACAACCAGCUGGCCAAGGGCUGCCCGGCGGGGCGCAGCCCGGUGCAGCCCCGUCCGGGGGACCACGCACUACUGAACGGACAGAAGGCCUCCCUGGCCCAGCUCAGCCUCCACGCCGGCGCAGGCAGCAACUCUACCUCCAGCCCCGACAGCUACGGCGGCGGCCCCCCCGCCGGCGCCCCGGUGCAGGACGAGAUCCACCCGCUGGAGAUCCUGCAGGCGCAGAUCCAGCUGCAGCGGCAGCAGUUCAGCAUCUCCGAGGACCAGCCGCUGGGCCUCAAGAGCGCCAAGAAGCCCCCCGACGGCCCCGCCGGAGCCGCGGGCGGCGGCAGCCAGAGCGGCGACAGCGCCGAGCUGAGCAGCUGCUGCGCCGCCGCCAGCGCCGCCGUCGAGAGCGGCAAGGGCGCCAUGAGCACCAUCGACCUGGACUCGCUGAUGGCCGAGCACUCGGCCGCCUGGUACCUGCCCAGCGACAAGGCCCUCCUGGAGGGGCAGGACGACGACGACAAGGCCCUGGCGCCCUGGGAGAAGGCCAAGCCGCCCAACCCCAGCAAAGAAGGUACGGGGCGCGCGGAGGGGGGGGGGCUUCUGGGGCGCCCCUUCCAGGCAGAUGCUGUGCAGAAAGGGGGCGGCAGGAACCCCCUUGCAAGGCUAGGCCAGCACAACCCGAAGGCAGGUGGGAAGUGGACUCCAGCCCCUUGGCGGCCGUGGCCUUCCUGGGUCCCGGGCAGGUGGAGGAGGAAGCAGGCUGCGGGAGGAUCAGCCGCAAAAACCUGCGCCAACUAAUGUCUGCCCCGUUCCCUCCGACCCCCCCCCCCCAAUGCCUUUCCUUGUGCUUGAGAAAUGGGGGAGGAGCGGCAGAAGGCCGAGCUAGUAUUUUUGUGUCUCUGCCGCACUGCUUGUGUGAUGUGCAGGGUAAGUUUCCAACAAUGGGAUGUAUGUUCUUGCCAGGAUAGCUGCUUUAGGAAAAGCCAGCUUCUUGGAGGCUCAUGUGUGAAUGAUCCCUUUGAGGUGUCCCACAUGUGCCCUUUGCUGUGCUGGGGUUUCGCUCCCUCCGCCCCUGCAGAAUUAUCAAAAGGUACUCAUGGCGACAUCACGUAGAGCAAGCUCUUCCAGCAUAUUUUCCUGACUCUUUCAAAUAAGCGCAGUGCAUUGCAUACACAAAUGCACUUCAGUAGCAUUUAAGUAAGAGAGGAAAGGAACUGAGUGCCUGGUUAAAUUUCUUCAUUCAUCUUAGGAAUCUCUGGUUUCCUUCUUGUUCCUAAGGUGCAUUUGAUUUAUUCCAAUUCAGGUGUUGCAUUGAAGUAAUUAAAUAUAGUAAUAAAUAAGAAAGUUAGAGGAGCAGACAUUGCUUAGUUUUUCAUUUUUAGGUCAGACUUAAAAUGUGUUGAGGGCUAAGCUAGGCAGUUACAAUGCUCUUCUUCAUUUGGUGGGACUCUAGGUUAGUGAGUGGAAAGGCAGGGCAGCAGGACUCGGUGAACUGUGACCAGGCACUUCUUCAUUCGCUCAUUAGUAUGUGGAAUUCAGUAGAUGGGUAGGAUCCCUGUGAAACAUGAUAAGGAGCUGACUACUGGGGAAUACUAGCCAUCGGUCUUCCUUUUUUGUGGUUGUUUUUCCAGCAUCUGCUCAGAAAAAGUUUUUGUUUUGUUUUGCUUUGUUUUGAGCCUUGUGUUUUUAGGGUAUGUGGAAAGGUUUCUAGGAGGCUGUUUGAGAAACUCCCCGCUCCGCUGGCUUUGUCGAAUCUGAAUGCUGCCUUUGCUGUUUGUCUCUUUGUUCCCUGGCAAUGCCAGUGCAGGGAGCUUCUUUUUCUGAGGCAGAGAGUGCUUAGCAUGCGCGGCAGAUGCCGGGAAGCCCAUCAGCAUUCUUCAGGCUUCAUCCAGGCAAGGACAUAAAUUGGUUUGUUUAGGGGGGCUGCCUUUUCCAUUUUUAAAUGGAGUUUCACACAGCAUCCUUCCUGGCUCCUUCUUUUAUUGUUUCUUGUACACAACAUCUAGAUCUGACUGGAUCAAUAGCUAGUUAGCACAAAUCACAGCUCCCGUCACCUCUACCUUGCCAGACGCACACCUAAGUGCAGACAUGCACACACUUGUUCCCUAUAAGUACAAUCAGAUUGGAAAGGAGAGAAAUAACUUGACCAUCUUAAUUUGUUUCUAAGAAACACACAGGUGAAAAACUUCUGAGCUAUGCUUUGCUUCAUAUCAGUGAUGUUUUGAGGUCACACAUUGGCCACAAUCCAGCAAAAGAGUUAGGCGGGUUUAAGCCUGAUAUUUGCAUGAUUUUCAUUUCCAAUGAUUCCUGCCAUUGUUAUGUGAUUUAUAACAACUUUAAAGGCAGCAGCCCUUAUUGUUCAUACCAUGCUAAAAAAAGGCACUGUCACUUAAUCUGCCAGCUUUCUGAGCAGAAAGCUACCAUCGUACUACUGGGUCUAAAGUUAAACGUAAUAUACUGAUCUAACUUUGCCAAUGGUAUGAGUAGAAAAACGUAGCCAAUUUCUGAAAAUUUGUCCUUAAGAAGGCAUGUAGAGAAUUACAGUAGGUGUUCUUGCCAAAGGUUACCAAAUAUUUCAGGAUUUAUGCAGCUGAACAAAUGAACCAUCUACAGGAGGAAAAGGGGCACUCUUUACAUAUUUUUUUUUUAAAAAUCUGCCAAAUAUAAUAUAUUUAUUUUGGUCCAAAGACCCGCAAAAACAUUUUCAAAAGCAAAAUAAAACAGAAAAUCAGGGAAAGGAUUCCAAGGCAGUCACUCUGCUUUAUCCAGAGCAUGUAGGUUUCUAUUUCUUAUUACUUCCGAGAGGACAAAUAUAUAUUAGAAGUCAACCAGGACCUUUAAAACAGAGCCUAUUCACACUUUGCUGCUGCAUCAUUUUUUUAAAAAAAUGAUACAUAAAAUGAAACAAAGCUAAACAUUUAUUUUGAAGUGUUCAUGCAGUGCACUGCUGCUAUUCUGUGAGUUUGUGAGUGAAGAAUAAUGGGAUUGGAAGCUACUGGACUUUGGAAGUUGGGCUGUGCCUUGUUCCUGAGGAUUUCUUGGAAACACUUGGUCAUUAAGAACUUCAGACAUAACCUUUUUUCCAAGCUUAGCUGCAGUUUAACAUCGACUGCAGUGUAAGAAUUCAUCCCCACCCCCACCCCCUCUCUGUGCGUGUCAUAUAUCCCAUAGCUAUUCUAAUUAUAGCAGUUAACAAUCUGUGAAGACCUUUUCUUACUGGAGAAAUGCACUGUUGAAAUCAACUACCAGAUCUCAUUUUUGUUUAUUUUAUUUGUAUAGAUGUGUUUUUAGGUUUCUAUUGGUUUUGUUAUAAUUGGCUUUAAUGUUUAUGCUCUUUAUGUAAGUAGUUUUGGGUCAGUUUUGUGAGAAAAGUGCUUAGUAAAUAUAAAUAAUGUUAUAUUUCUGAAGGCAUCCCUGUUCAGGGAAGUUUUUAAUAUUUAACGCUAUACUGUUUUUAACACUUGAUUGGGAGCCGCCCAGAGUGGCUGGGGAAACUCAGCCUCAUGGGCGCGGUAUAAAUAAAUUAUUAUUAUUAUUAUUAUAGUUUAAAAUUAGUUUGUGUAGAUAUAACACAUGGAUCUAUAUUUAUGAAUAACCUUGUUGAAUUUGUGUAUGUCAGAAAUUUAAUACAGAUCUGAUACAGGUUUAAAACUCUAGGAAGCCAAAAUAAGGAAAACCCAUACCUUUUUUUAAAGACUGGACUAGAAUCUUCCAUAGUGACUCCUAGCAGCAAAGGAUGACAUUUCAGUAGCAAACAUCUGCUAGGGCCAUUUACAGUUAAAACAAACUUGGAAAGGCAGUAUCAGUUUAUCUAUCUGUCCUUUGCUCUGGAACAGUUCCACAAAACUCAAUGGGAGUGUUUCUGAGAUGAAUGGAGUGAGGAGGUAUUCUGGGUUACAGUCUCAGGGCUGUUUCCCAUGUGGCAGCAGGGAGAAUUCUGUAUAUUUUGCUCCUACUACUCACAUUUAGAAAGUAUCGUAGAGCAGAAUGAGACCUUUGUGCCAUUUAUAUGCAUGGUGGUGUACACAUUUUAUUUCUAAGUGGAAUUUAUCUUUGAGUAUAAAAAUACCAGUAUGGAGUGAUGCUAGAUUCUGUCUAGAAAUAAGCUCCCCUGCAUUCGGAUCCUAGACACCUUCCUGAGAAGGAAGUUUCCUCUUACUUACUUGGGAGUAUAUUGCCAACUUAAAUCAAGGUGACAUUUUUCCUUGUUUGGGUAUAUAGAGUCACGUUUGUUUCACACGCUAUUUCUUUCAUGAAUAAGCAAGAAAAGUGCUACAAAGCCCAUUCUUUCUGUUCAAUUUCUUCUGUCCUCGAUUUCUUCAUUAUAACUUCUUAAGAUCCAUCUCAGUUGGACACACACCCCUGACGCCGUCCCAUAGGAACAGGCAACCUUAAACAACUUAGGUGGCUGUCAGGCAAAAUGUAAAUAGAUGUGGUUACGCUCUGCAGCCGUUGCAUUUUUAUUCACAGGCCUUUGCAGUGCAUUUAGCUCCUGUUUGUUGGUCUGGAAGCAUGUCAUAGCUCUCAUAAACCUGUCCUUGUAACUAGCCAGCACAUGGAGCAGACAGAACUCUGAACGGGACAACCUGCUUAGCAUGAAACGUUUAUUUGUGCCCUGAAUGACGGGCUGGAUGAGUGUGGCCUCUUUCAUCUCCUAGUGUAGUCUUGGGUAGUCUUUAUUUUUAAAGUUUCUGAUCUGCAUGAGGGAAUAGCUUUGCUUGUUGAGACUUGUUUAUAACUUGCAGAAAAUUCCAAGCACCCUCAAAAAACAGUACCGUAUUUAGGUUGAAAUUGAUUUACGACGUAAGAGCUAUUAUAAACAGGUAACCUGACUAAAUACUGCCAUUGUCAUAAAACUGUGAAUCCCAAUUAUUUGGUUUCAAAGCAGUAUUUAAACUUAUGUGAGGUAUUUUAAUAGCAUUGACAAUGUAGCUUCCAUCACCAAGUUGUUACAUGAUACAGACCAUUGAUAUGAAAUAUGCAUCAUUAAUAAAUGAUCCGGUUUAGUAGUGUGAUUUAUGAUAAAAACUCACCUGUGGAAAGAGAUUAAGAUAGUCAUGUAGUUCGAGUUUCGCAUUUAACAAGCUUAAAAAAAAUCAUUUGUGCAGUUUUUUUUUUUAAAUGAAAUAAACCAAACUUCUUUUACGUGAUUUGAUUUAAUUCAUUUGUUAGCCAGCAUCAUACUUUUGUCUCUCAACAGUGAAGUAUUUCACAGUCAUUUGAUGGGGAAAAUACUUCUGGUCAGUCUUUGCAUUUGUCUUUCCUGUCUUCUGUUUUCUGCAUUUCUGGACGCUUCUCAGGAGAAAAUGUGCAUAGUUUUAUAAAACAGCUGGUGCUGAAGAAUUGGGGCUGUAAGUAUAGAACGGUUAAAACCUUUCUCCAUGUUUAUCUGUGAGAAUAACUCGAGGUAGCUCACAUCUGCUGACUGACAUAAGCACAGAUAGCUUUGCAUUGAGUUUAGGGCCCCCCCCCAUUUUUUUUAAAAAACCUUAAAUCUCAGUUUGUGGCACAUUUGUGGUGCUACAUGUAAACUGGAAUUUUAAUUUGCACGUCAAAUUAAAAUUGGAGCAAGCAGGAGAAUUUCCCCCGUGUUCUCAACAUGCUGUGUGAAAGUGUGUUCUGUUGCCUUGAAUUGUUGGGCGUUAAAUUUGAGUCGCAUAUUCCAGAUUAACACAGGGAAUGUGUUGCAUAGUGAAAUCAGGUUUAGGAGAAAUGGAUUAUGUUUAGAAUUGAGUUUUUCUGAAAUGCAAAUACUAGGUGUCAUUUAAAUGUACUGAUUUACUAUUUACUUAUACAGUACGAUUUUGUAAGAAUGUUACAAUAAAAAUGGUUUGCAUGAACUGCAGAGGAGGAGGAGGAGGAGGAUAAUGAGGAUGUGGGUAGCGUUUUAAUACAACCCAAUGACACUUUAGUGCUUCUCCCGUACGUACAGAAGUAUUCGUAGACAUAUAAAUUUACACACUAAUAAUAAUAAUAAUAAUAAUAAUAAUAAUAAUACAAUUAUUUCUACCCCACCUACCCAGCUGGGUCUCCCCAGCCACUCUGGGCUGCUUCCAACAGGUUAAAAAUAUAUUAAAGGUACAAAUACUGAGCAACCACUAUCUUACUGGAGUGCAGCCUGUGUUUCCACAUAACCCAAAUCACAUUUCAUAAAAUGAGCCUUGCCUCCCCCCCCCCUUUCUACAGAAUAAUUUAUUUGAGUUCCCACUGUAGAUUUUUGAAACUGCAUUGGACAUUUAGAAUAUCUUAUGUGGGAAACUUGGCUUUCUUGCACCCUUUGUAGUGCUCCUCCUGUAGCUCAUCUUAAAGCAGGAAAGCACUAUUUGCCUAACGGUGUAAAUGUGUGUUGACUAUGACAAUCUAUAGUUUAUUUUGGUGAGCAGGAGCAAGCCUUCCACUAGCCUUCUCUAGUUAUUUUUGCACAUUACAGGAAUCUUUGGAAGAGUGUUAACUUAAAAAAAAAUCCUGCUUAAAAUUGGAAGGUGGGCAAAAGCUUCUUCAGUGAUAUUCUAAGAAUAUUUUUCUUUGAUUAGCAAUACAUUUGGAACCUGACUUGAUUACCUGCUAUUUAUAGUCUGUAUUUUAAAAUUAAGUAUUAAUUGGGGCACAGGCAGUUUAGAAAUGUGAUGUAAUUAUACUGCCUAGUAAAGUUCUAGGCAUUGGUCUAUUGUUGUAUUAUGGCCUCUAGUUUUCAUUAAAAAUGGGUGGACAACCUCAGUUGUUUUUAGUGGUAUAAAGCAUGUGGGAGAAAAGCCCGUUGCAAUAUCCAGUUUGCGCAUGAAUGGGACAACUGGGAUGAGGUGCUCCCUUCCACUGGUCCCUCUCUCCCCCUCGGGCCCUUUCUGCUCCAAUGUGGCAGUCACAUUUCUUUCAGCACGACAUACAUUUCAAGAUUACGUGGCAGAGAUCGUCAGAUUCCUCUUAAAUAUUGGGCUGUGUGAAUUUUACUAGCUGGAGGGAUAAUCCAUUAAUUUUAACUAGCUGAUUUUCUUAAUGCUUCAAAGGGAGCAACUUAGAUGAUACUGCACUGCAAAAAUUAUUAGCCAAAAGCCUCUAAUUGUUAGCUCCUUGGCUUUCAAAUGAUGGAAGUGAUGUUUAGUUUUUAUGCGGAACUGAGUCGCCUGGACCUCCUCAGUGGAAUUUACUAUGUGGAGGCGCCAGUUGGAUGUUACAAGGGAUUGUGUAAGUUAAUGCUCAGAGUUUGAUGUUGAGAAGGAUUUGUUCCCUUCAUUUUCUUUUUAGCGCUUUUGGGUCUGUGUGGGUUCUAGAGGUCAUGUGUGGCUGGUGGGUGUGUAUCUUGUGUUGAUUUGGGAGCCUUUUAAACCUGUUUGUAGCCGGCAAUAAUUGCACCUAAGAUAAAUUUGCAAUGUGGGUUCUCUCAGCUUUGUUUAGGGACAAAAGCACUACUUGGAAUAAUCUGUAGAUUUAUUGGUUUUUAAUAAAUAAAUUAUAACAACUUCCGUUAGGUAUUGGACUAACCUGAAAUAUUAAGUGCUGAAGACUUUUGCACAAAGAAGACUUUGUCUGAAUAAUUUAUUUUUAUGUGGGACCAUUGUUUGUCUCAAAAAGCUGAGAACACUCCUUAAAUAGCAUCAAAUGUUGCCGACAUUGAGACCCUAAUAUUUUAACUGGUUGAGUAUAGUUCCAAUAGGUUGAAGAUGUAGUGGUUAGAGUAAUUAUUGCUCAAGGAGAGCUCAUAUGCUGUUUUAGCUUGUUUUUUUUAAUGUAAAUAGCUUCUUUGUGCCUUGGACACAUUAAGUUUUGCAAGAGUAGAAAUUUUAAGGGUAUCUUCCCACUAGAAAUCCAUUUAAAAACAUAGCUUAAAAACACAGUAAUCAGAUUUAUUUGGUAUUGUGGCUUUUUUUAAUUAAAAAAAUAAAAUCCAGUUCAGCACAGAAAAUUGCUCCUGCUCUGAGUGUCACAACGCUUUCCCCUCUCAAAGUGCAACAGUUCAUUUGAGGUUAUAUGCAAAAGCAACAAACCUCAAGGCUCUGGAUAACUGCAGAGGUUCUCACCAGAAGAUCACUUUCAUUCAGAACGUAGCUCUUCUGCGUUGCGCUCCUUGUGCUGGAUUUGUGGCCCUUGUGUGGGAUUCCCGGUAGCCCUUGAGCCCCAGUGCACAACAUCAGAGCUCCAGACCUCACAGGGCCCAACUAGAUGUGACAUGAUAGGAUAUUUAUUAAGUGAUUUCCUGACCUCUUUUUCUUUGGCAGAUGCAGUCACGUUGACCCCAAUUUGGAUUGGGGUCCACAGCAAGGAGCUUUUAAAUCCUUCCCUUGCCUCAGUUUUCAAAUUUCAUCCCUUCCUAGAGUUGCUAGUAGCAAUGGAGGGGAAAAUAUGCAGGCACAGACCUCUUGGCACCUGUUUCUUCUACUUGCCUGGGCUCAAUUGCCUGAAAAGAGAGCUGUUGGGAAACUGAUGCAAAAUCUGGUUUUUCUUUUAAAAGAAUGGGGAUUUGAUAAUUGAAAUGCUUUCUUGCACUCCAGUCAAUGGCAAAGCAUCUUUAGAAGUUUCAGGCCAAUUUUAGGUAAAUUUUAAUUGCUGAAGAAAAAUGGCUUGGAGUAAAAUGUCAACCAGCUACCUUUCUAAAUAAUAAUAAUAAUAAAAAUCUUGUAACAGCUUCAUCUAAGGCUAAGCAAACAAAAAAAUGGAGAUAUACCGGUACCUUCGAUUUGGGAGAAUUUGUUCUCAUUUAAUGUUUAAAUAAAAGAUGGGGGUGGUGUCAGCCCCUUUGCUAAUGUGAAUAUAUUGAAAGGAACAUGAACUAUUAACACAUGCAGAGGAGAACUAAAUUAAGUUUUGGAGUGCCUGAGGCUCUGGCGAUUCUCCCCUCUCCAUUUUUCCCAGUGUGUUCUAUGAUAUGACCCCCCCCCCGCCCCAAUGCAAUUUACAUUUUCACACUGGAAUGAAGAGGAGAACAGAUAAUCUCCUUCAUCGCACAGAAUCCGGAGCAUGCGGUGGACGGGUGGGGGGCAGAAUGGCUACCUAGAGCCUCUUGACAUGUUAGUCUUUAACAUUUCUUUGUGACUUUAAAGAUGACCCACAGCUCAGUUAAAGCAGCCUCCUUUUUUAAUUUUUUCUCUGGCACUUUUGACAUCCAGGGUUAUAUCUCAAGGCAGAGGACUGGGCUGUAAGCUAUUUUGGUCCCAUAACAGUGAUAUCUGUGUUGAAUUUUAUGGACAAGGUGGCUCAAGAGAGAUUGUUUUAGCCCAAGUCAGUCCCUCAGCCGCCCCGUAUAUUUUCCCAGUGAUCAGUCAGUCUUUUAACACCAACUAGUUGUUCUGCAGCUGAUGUUGGCAUUGUGAGGUGAACUGCAAAUCAGAGAGAGAUGCAAUUAUGUCCCAACAGGAAAGAGAGAGACUGUUGGGCACCAGAGCAAUCUGCAUACUUUGGGUAUUGAUGUUCACACCAUGCAGUGCUUCAGACUAAAGCACUGCCCUGCCUCUACUUUGACAGUUGCAGAUUGAUCAUGCCACCAUGAAAGGCACUUGAGUAAGUUUUCAUGGGGUGACAUUUCCCUCUUGGAGGUGCCAUCCCAUCUUUCUCCCUCUAUGUAAAAGAGAAAAGUGUACUAGACCAGCAAUCUGAACCUAAGCAAGGGAGCGGGGAACAGAAUCAGCUAGGCAAUGUUUUGAACUCAGAAUUCUGGUUGCAAAAAUGGAUCCAAAAUGGACUCUUUCACUUCUUUCUGGAGUAGCUGAAAGGCAAAGUUCAAAUUCCCAAUAUCUCCUUCAGACAGGUUCUCACUCCUUUAUUUCUGAAACUAGCAAUUCUUUGUUUGCUUGAUCACAGCUAACGCACGGUUGUACGUAUUGGUGAUACGGUAUGCUGGAAGUGUAAAUAAUGCAGAAGUGUAACAGCGGGUAUCUAAACUGGGCAGUUCCAAUUUACAUUAACUGGUUCUUAGUGAAGAUUUCUGUAUGUGUGCUUGGGGAAGGCAGGGAGUUAGGCUAUUUCCAUCCAACUAAGACAAAUAUAUAAGCCAGAGAAUGACUUUGAAAACACUGGGAGCUCCAUGACUCUCCCUUCAUGAAAGCAGCAGAGGGAAUCUAAUUACUGCUAGUCACCAACUCUUGAAUGCUGGCCUCAUGUUUGAUCAAUGAAAGAAAACCCAAUCCAUUACCCGCACUUCCCCAUAGAUGUGCUCCGUCUGACUGUUCUUUCAAAUUCCAGCCACAGCCACUGAACCAGUGCUGCUUAUGUCAUAACUUUUCCAAACGGUGGAAUUUCAGGAAAUAUGAGACAUUCUGAUAUUCCAUGCAUGGGGUGGUGUGCCAGCAAGAAUGGUAACUCAUUCAACCCAAGUUUGAUCAUAGCUGUUCUGAAAAGGUGAUGCUUGAAAACUCAAAUAAAUGCCACUGUGCUCCUUCAUUCUUUUCUUCCAGCCUGCCUUCAGUUCUGGCGGUGGGGGCAAUAUUUAAUUCAUUUCAGCUGUUUGCAGAAUGAACAGCGUCAGGCCAGAUUAUGAGAUGAUGGCAGUUGGCAUUUCUAAAGUUUGGAAAUGAAGCUUUCUUGACCCACUCACCUUCACGCAUAUGCACUUUUAGGGUUGCAACUGAUAUAUCUAGAUGAAUUGUCUGAAGGAUGCUUCUUUGCUUUUCUAUCUCUAUUUAUUUAUUUUAUCUAUCUAUCUAUUUAUUUAUUUGUUUGUUUGUUUGUUUCUGGGUAAUUCUAGCCCUUUACUAACUGGUCCUAAGGCAGAAAUAAAACAAUAAAGCAAGAACAAAUGAAUAAACAAUAACUGUGUGCACAUCAUAAUUAAAACAUCCUUAUUUGGAUAUAAUCUGGAGCGGCAGCCUUCUUCAGGAAGAGUCUCUUGGUUGAAGGUUGUCUGUACACACGUAAUUAUAUCUGAGUUUGCCAAGUCUAAAUUUAUCCUGACCUGUCGUCCUUUGAUUGUUUCUUUGAAAUCCAUUUGUGUAAAUGACUCAAAUUUUUUGGUUGCAAAUUGGCAGAACUCGGAAGAGAGUGGCCGGCGAGGGUGGGGAGUGUCACUUGAGGUUGGUUUGGAUGGAUCCUGCAGUUUAAUUUUUAUGUUUGCCUGUGCGGAAGGGUUUGGCGGCUGAAGGGCCUUAAACUUCAAAGGGCUUCCAAGUGGAAGUUGCUGCUUUGUCUCACCCUGGGAUUGUACACAAUAGCCCAGCUAGGGAACAGCAAAUAGAAGAUGGCUGCCUGUCUGAUGCAGCAGUGGUGCGAGACUGGUACUUGUGGUUACAGAGCUUAUUACCAUGCUUUAGUUACAGGUUUCCUCCACCACCACCAGGACUCUUCUAUGGUGGCACCUGGUUGAGGUGGGCUCCUAACCAGCGCUGUUUUUCUAGAAGGAGAUGCGGAACUCACCAUGAACGCCUCCCUUGUUCUCUCAUAACGGCAAUGGCGCCUGCCUGAGAGGUGGCGGAACUGAGUUUUGGUGAGUUCCAGCUGAAAAAAAGUCCUGUUCCUCACCAUUUCUUGGUAUGCCUGGGGACUGUGCUGGUGUCUUUCUUGUGCCAGGGUUAGGGGAAUGCAUUUCUGUUCACCUGAGCUUUUAACUUUGUAUUUACAGUGCUGUUGUUUUCUUAGUGGGGCUUUUGCGCUCUGUGUUCUGCUGUUGUGUUCUCUAUUUCUGAAUCUGAUUUAUUUGGUUUUAAUGUUUUACAAGGCUCCGGAGACAUUUUUAUGGAGCUGUGGGGUGUGCAUUUAGGAAAUGAGAGAGAGAGAGAGAGAGAGAGAGAGAAUUUGAAAGACGGUUGAAUUUAAAAAUCUGGGCAAUAUCAUUAUUGAUUUUAAAUGAUAUGGGAAAGGCUGUAGUCCUUAAUUCAGCUCUGGGAUGAUAGUGUUAUUUCAGAAAGAUUAAUUGCCACAGUUAGGUAAAGGGACCCCUGACCAUUAGGUCUAGUCGUGGCCAACUCUGGGGUUGCGGCGCUCACCUCGCUUUAUUGGCCAAGGGAGCCGGCAUACAGCUUCUGGGUCAUGUGGCCAGCAUGACUAAGCCACUUCUGGCGAACCAGAGCAGCACAUGGAAACGCCGUUUACCUUCCCGCCGGAGCAGCACCUAUUUAUCUACUUGCACUUUGACGUGCUUUCGAACUGCUAGGUGGGCAGGAGCAGGGACAGAGCUAUGACAGCUCACCCCGUUGCAGGGAUUCGAACCGUCGACCUUCUAAUCGGCAAGCCCUAGGCUCUGUGGUUUAACCCACAGUUCUGGGAUGAUAGUGUUAUUUCAGAAAGAUUAAUUGCUACAGUUACUUUCAGCUAAAUACGACAUGUGGAAUACCCAAACUGUGAUUAUGAAUUUAAGUGGCAUUGCUGAAGGCACUUGCCGCCCAUCCAGGCUGCGAUCUUGCUCCCGGAGAGCAGCGUCUGCAGGGCAAAGUGCCUGUACAGGUGGCUCCAUCAUGUGGAGGCAGAAAUCCAGGCUCAGCCAGAAGGGGGGGGGGGGCGCUUUGCUGAGCUUUUGUGAAGUUUCUGUUAAUCUUGCUGCUUCUCAUUCUGCCUCUUGGACCUGAUGUUUAACUGGACAUCCCACUGUCAAUCGCUCUGUAGGAUUGCCACAGUAAAGCAUCUCUGCAGUCUUUGAUCUUGGCGGAAGCGGCCCGUGUGUGAAAACAAGAAUUUGCUUCUGGCACUAACUUGCAUGGCCUCUGUUUAGCCCUUUUCCAGAGGAUGGGUCAUGGGGAGGAGAGCAUUAUUCAUUUAUUUAAAAUCUUUAAUACUCUGCCCUUCAGUUUGACAACUUGCACAGCAAUUUGCAGCUGGCAUUUAAAAGCAAAUACCUCCCCCCCCCCGAAAAACACACAUUUGAUUUAAAAAAUAAAUAAAAUGCAUUGAAUACAGUGAAAGAGCAGAACACCGGAGCAAAAGCAGCAAGGACAAUCCCAUACAAAUAAUAAAAGUGCUGGAUAAUUAAACAAAAAACCAAAGUCUUCAGCAGGAGGGCCUAAUAUACAGCAGCACCUGCCAGUCCCCCUGCUCGGAGCCUUCCACCAAGGAGGUCUCCUCAGCCUGGAAAAGGACCUUUCUCUGUCUGCUACCCACCUAACCUCUGAAGGUGGAGGCGCCCAGGCCAAGCCCUCAGAAGGUAGCAUUCCUGUUCGGGCAUUUUUGCAUGGGAGCCUGUAGUCCUGCUUCUCCAAGGGAAGGAAGAAGGAAAAAAGAGCCUUGUUGCCAUUGCUAUUAUUGCGGGCUUGUUUUUUGUUGGUAUGGUGAAAUGAGAAAUGAGAAGGCCUCACAGGAGGACUGUGGUGAGGGAGAGGAAAGCUGCAAAGACUCCCUGCUUCUCCCCAGUGUCUCUUGAACUACAUAUCUUCCAAAUUUCAUUUUUUAAAAAAUGAUAUUUAUUAAAGUUUCAAAGAAAAGAUUACAUAAAUAAAAAGAGAAAAAAAAGAAAGAAAUAAAAAAGAAAAAAAUACAAAAUACAGAAAAAAGAUAAAAAAACACUUAAACACAUAGUCGGCCAAUCGGUGUUAAAAAAGGACAGAACUUUCUUUAUGUAUGCUACAACAGCAGCAAGAAUACUCAUUGCAAAGUAUUGGAAGAUACAAGAUCUACCCACACUGGAGGAAUGGCAGAUGAAAAUGAUGGAAUACAUGGAAUUGGCGAAAAUGACUGGCAGAAUCCGUGACCAGGGAGAAGAGUCGGUGGAAGAAGAUUGGAAGAAAUUCAAAGACUAUUUACAGAAAUACUGCAAAAUUGAUGAAUGUUAGAAUGAUGUUGGAUUGAAGUUAAGGGGUUUCUAGCUGUACAGGCUAAAAGAAUAUGGAAAAAUUGGUUUUAAUAUGUAAAAUCUAAAAUUUAAAGCUAUAUUAUAUCAAGAUUAAAGAUUAGGAUUAAAAAGGAGGGAAAGGAACUGUUGGACUAACAUAUCUAAUUAGAAUACAAAAGAGGGAGGUAAGAGGAGGUCCGAGAAACAAGUAAAUGUAAAAGAAGCGAGGAAAGGAUGAAAUUGUUUUUAAUUGUUUUUUCUUUUUUUACUUUGUAUUUUUUCUUUUUACUGUUAAUUUUUUCUUCAUUAAUGUGGUUUUUUGUGUGUGAAAUUUUAAUAAAUAUUAUUUAAAAAAAAAAAACAACACUUAAAAAACACAUCAAUCUUUCCAUGCCUUACUUUUCAUUUCCUUGCUUCCCUGACCUCCUCACACCUCCCUUUUUUGUAUUCCAGUUCUAUUAGUUAAUUCAGCAAUUCCUUUGCCUCUUUGUUUUUGUCUUAAUCCUUUAAUUUAAUAUAUUAUAACUUUGGAUUUUCACCUGUUAACAGUCCAUUUUUACAUACACCUUUAUAACAUUGCUGCUAAAACCACUUAACUUCAUUCUGACAUCAUUCUAACAUUCAUUAAUUUUGCAGUAUUUCUGUAAAUAGUCUUUAAAUUUCUUCCAAUCUUCUUCCACCGACUCUUCUCCCUGGUCUUGGAUUCUGCCAGUCAUUUCCGCCAGUUCCAUAUAGUCCAUCACCUUCAUCUGCCUUUCUUCCAGAGUGGGUAAAUCUUGUGUCUUCCAAUACUUUGCAAUAAGUAUUCUUGCUGCUGUUGUGGCAUACAUAAAGAAAGUUCUGUCCUUCUUUGACACCAAUUGGCCGACCAUGCCCAGGAGAAAGGCCUCUGGUUUCUUCAAGAAGGUAUAUUUAUAUACCUUUUUCAUUUCAUUAUAGAUCAUCUCCCAGAAAGCCUUGAUCCUUGGGCACGUCCACCAAAGGUGAAAGAAUGUACCUUCAGUUUCCUUACAUUUCCAACAUUUAUUAUCGGGCAAGUGAUAGAUUUUUGCAAGCUUGACUGGUGUCAUGUACCACCUGUAUAUCAUUUUCAUAAUAUUCUCUCUUAAGCAUUACAUGCCGUAAACUUCAUACCUGUGGUCCAUAACUGUUCCCAGUCAGCCAUCACUAUGUUAUGUCCAACAUCUUGUGCCCAUUUAAUCAUAGCAGAUUUCACCGUUUCAUCCUGAGUAUUCCAUUUCAACAGCAAGUUAUACAUCUUUGACAAAAUCUUAGUUUUGGGUUCUAACAGUUCUGUUUCUAAUUUUGAUUUUUCCACCUGGAAGCCAAUUUUCUUGUCCAAAUUGUAUGCCUCCAUUAUCUGAUAAUAAUGAAGCCAAUCUCGCACUUUGAUUUUUAGUUUCUCAAAACUCUGCAGUUUCAAUCUGUCUCUCGUUCCAGAAUUUCCCAAUAUUUCGGCCAUUUGGCCUCCAUAUUGAGCUUUUUCUGAGCUUUCGCUUCCAUCGGUGACAGCCACCUUGGGGUUUUGUUUUCCAGUAGGUUCUUAUAUCUUAUCCAGACAUUAAACAAUGCUUUCCUGACAAUAUGAUUUUUAAAUGCUUUAUGUGCUUUGACCUUAUCAUACCACAAAUAUGCAUGCCAUCCAAAUACAUUAUUAAAACCUUCUAAAUCCAAAAUGUCUGUGUUUUCAAGAAGCAGCCAUUCUUUCAGCCAGCAAAAGCUGCUGAUUCAUAAUAAAGUUUAAGGUCUGGCAGGGCAAAUCCACCUCUUUCCUUUACAUCCGUUAGUAUUUUAAAUUUUAUUCUAGGCUUCUUGCCCUGCCAGACAAAUCUAGAGAUAUCUCUCUGCCACUUCUUGAAGCAAUCCAUUUUGUCCAAAAUUUGCAAUGUUUGAAUAUGUUCCAAAUUUCAGACUGGCUCCUGAAAUGCUAUGGCCCUGAUUACAUGGGUGUGUUUUUAAAUCCUUGUAAGGGAGCUUAGUCUCAGGAGUCCGUUAUUUCCAAGAGUGGGAGGUAGAAACAGGGGAGAAAUUUGAACCACUUCACAUUUCAAGGUGCUUCUAUGUAAUUGGCACUUUCCCAAACAAGACACAAACAGAAACAUUAGCCACCCUUCAAAAUUCCACACUUCUUCAGAUUUUGUGGUGCAGUACUCCAAGUGAUGUGUACAAAAAUGCAUAUGCUAGGGUAAAGUGGGCAUAAAAUGCCUAUAUUAGUGAAAAUAACAUACAAAAAUGAAUUAGAAAAAAAUUGCACUAAAUGCUGAUGAUUUUGACUCAACCCAACAGGGACUCCUUGUGACAUUUGCCCAACCACCCAUAGUCAAUGCAGCUUUUCAGAUUGCAAGAUUCCCCUCUUAUGUGGGGAAAGGCCGGAGCCAGCUGCAGAUCCAGUCACCAGCAUCUUUGAAAAGGACCAGGAAGCCUCUUAGCCUGAGACUCUGCAGAGCUGCUGCCAGUCAGAAUCUAUAGGGUGCUGCGAUAGAAUGGACUAUGGUCCAUUUCAGUAUAAGACCGCUUUGUAUGUGUUCAAAGAGCUGCAUUUUCCCUGCAGCAGUUAUAUUGCAGUUUUGAACCCUGGAAAUCUUUAUAUCCUCCAGACAGAAGCGUUUCCUGAAUCCUGGAAAUGCAUAUUUGGAACUUUAGUAGCAAAUGUAUGAUCACUGUCUAUAAACAGAUUGUUUUGGAAAGCCUUUCUUUUGUGUGAGGUGGUUAUGGGCAAACACUGUGUUAUGUGCAGAAGUAUGAGCCUUUGUUUCUGUGUGCUUGUUAUUUCUUAUUUUGUAAGUGACUGCGGGGAUGGGGGAGUGCAUGGCUAUUGGCUUUCCUGCCAUUUACUUGUUCCUAAACAGUCUUUGGGGGAAAGCUCUUUUGCAAAGUUCAAAGUGCCCAUUUUCCUACUUCCUUAAUGUGAGUCGCAGCUGAAAUGCAACAUAUAGUUGGCCUUUGAUUUGUCCUCAUCUCCCUUUGCACCAGCUUCCAAUGCUUUGCUUAUAUACACUUUAUGUGAUGCUUCUGCUGGAAUAGAUGUCAUGGGCUAUUUUCCCAAAUAUUUAACACUGUUUCUGCUGUCAGGCGUGGUCCACAAACCACCUGUUACAGCCUUAUUUUUAGAAGUAUAAAUAGGGGAAACGUAACUCUUGCUUCCUGGCUCUAGGAACUACCAUAUUUUUCGUCCCAUAGGACGCACCUAGUUUUUUGGGGGGGAAAUAAAGGGAAAUUUUCCCCCCUUUAUUUUCCCCCCCCAACCAGGUCGGGGAUACCGAACCAGGUCAAGGAACAGCGGGAUGGCGGCGCUGCGCCUCCCUGCUGUCCCCCGAGCUCGUGGGGCUGGCCGAUGUCUGCCUGGCGCAAGGGGCGCUCUGCUUCAGGGUGCCCAUUGCGCUGGGCGGCAGGCUGCUAUCCGCAGCGUGGGGAGCCCUGCGGGGAACUCCUGCAGGGCUGCCCACGCUGCGGAUGUCUGCCUGGCGCAAGGGGCGCUCUGCUUCAGGGCGCCCAUUGCGCUGGGCGGCAGGCUGCUAUCCGCAGCGUGGGGAGCCCUGCGGGGAACUCCCGCAGGGCUGCCUAGGCUGCGGAUGUCUUCCUGAAGCCUGGAGAGCGAGAGGGGUCGGUGCGCACCGACCCCUCUCGCUCUCCAAGCUUCAGCGAAAGCCUGCAUUCGCCCCAUAGGACGCACACAGAUUUCCCCUUCAUUUUUGGAGGGAAAAAACUGCGUCCUAUAGGGCGAAAAAUACGGUAAUUUCACAUUCUUCCUAAAUAAAUAUGCUUUCAAGUUGUAUUAUUGCUAUCUCUAGUCACAUUUGUAGAGCAGGCAGGUCUGAAGUGGCAUGCAGUCACUUGUGUGAGAAUUAGUAGAAAAGGUUAUCAGUGAGUUGACUGUUUUAUAUUCUCUCCUAACCUGCUCAGCAAAAUGUGGGGAAUAGCCCAACAUCUGGUUAAUCUAGAGUACUGUACUUGAGCAUCCCACCUCUUGGGGGAUUCACAGCAAAUCUCUUAUACCAACCAAGUUAAAGCUAUAGCUGAAUACAAGAGAUUUUGUAAGUACAUGAUGAAGAUGACACUUUAUUGAUUGCACAGUAUAGAUAAAUUGGCCCAGAUUCACAGCUCUUUGCUUGAGUUGAUAUAUUGUUGUUUUUAAACAUACAUAUGAGAGUGCCAUAAACACCAGGCCCCUUUUGCUGGGAGCAUGUCUGUAUAACAUUGAAUUUAAAAUUCACUUUUGAAUUUGCCAUUGCUGAAUGAAUAAAUUAAUCCAUGCCUGGAGCUUUUUACUCUACAAAUCCUGCCAAAUAUCAUAAGGAGACUCUUCUACUGCUGGGUCCUUUUGCCAAGAGGCUUAUCUGACCCUGGAGAAGUGCUUUUGUUGUGUCAUGUUCCUCAGGCUGAAAAGAUUUGUUUUGUUUCAAGGCUUUUAGUGCAGAAUAUGGACACAGUAUUUCUGCAAGGAGGCUCAGCACUAAAAAUCUGCUUAGCAGGUGAGCGUUGGCUGGUGGAUGCUGGUGGCAGUUGGUUUAUAUAGAAUUUUUACGCGGAGUGCUUUAUGUUGCCUGUUCCUGGGCUUAACUACAAGACAUCCAUUCAUAAGACUGAAUGUUCCAGAUGCAGAGGCCGAGAGUGCUUGAUUCACUUGAGAUAGGUCAGGGAGCCAGUAGGUGGCUGAGGUUUGAAAACAUCAGGUCCGUGUCCCAAGUUCUUCUCCCCUAAAUCCCCCUGGUGUUUGGUUAUGGCUCACUCUCACCAGUGAGUGGGUGGGGGUAUUUUCGGACACCUCAGCAUAGUGCACCAGUGUUGUUGACUCUGGUGUCAUGCCAUCCUGGGUUAUUAGCUGGCUUUUGUAGAGAUGAAUAUAGAUUUUUCCUGUAAGGGAACAGUUCUCUGCUGGCCCUUCUUCUACUGACGUCCGUGUUUGUAAGAUAAAGAAACCUAUUUGGCUUACAGUAAGCAAAUGCAAAGGACUCAAACAAGCACCUCCUGGCACAAAACAAAAAUCAACUUUUGACUUUAAUGUGUCUGUGUUUAUCAUUAAUAAAUAAACCUCCCUAGCCUUGUCAUAGGGGAAAGAAGACUUAGGAAAAGCCCCUGCUUUUAAGUAGAUAUUUAUUUGCUUCAGUUUAUGGGGAAAACCUGUAUUGACUGUCUCACAGUUUGCCAGAGAGAGAGAGAGAGAUGCAAUAAAUUGUUUUUUCUUAAGUAGCUAAGCUACUGAAACAAAAGUUCUUCAGUGCUGAGAGCAGAUGUGUUGAGGGUAGGCUAUCUUCUCCUGACGUUUCCUUAUUACGAAUGAUUUCUCUUGCAAAAUCCCCCUUGGUUUUGCAGAUAUUUCCAUCUUACUCCAUUUAAAUGGCAAACGCCGUUUAUGUUUCUGAUAGUGCUCGCUAGUCACAUCAUUGUGUGCUCAUUUGAAUGUGCUCUUGUGCAGAGAUGUUCUUCAGCAUUUCUAACUCCCAUUGUGUGAGUUCUCCACUGUGUUUUACCCUCAAGCAGAGAUGGGCACACAUUUUGUUCAAGCUUGAACAAAAAUCAGGUCAGUUCCCAGCAACUUAAGUAUGUUCAUAGUGGGGUUGAGGGCUACUUCAUUAAGCUUUAAAUUAUUUCAAUGGACAACAGUUUAUCCGUAAAGUCCCUGAUUUUGCUUGGUUUAGAGAACAAAAGAUGUUGCCCUGACGACAGAGGAGCCAUUUACAAAAAUAAUUGACAAAAGUUGGCCAAACAGUAGAUGAGCAGCUGAACCUGGGAAGUAGGGAUAUAAUUUAAUUAAUUAAUACUUUCCUCAGUGUCUUCUGUUUGCUUUUAUGCCCAGUGGCAAAUGCUUUUUGACAUAGACUAACUCAGAAACUAGCCCUUUUCCAACUACAGAGCUUGUCAGAGUGGAGGAACAUUCUUAAGUCUUGUCUUGUAGCCAGUGAAAUGUAUUUUGUUCCACACCCAAUAAGGACUUGUUUUUAUUAAUUGAAAACUGCAGAUCAGGUAAUCUUAAAAAUAAAAAUAAAAUUUACAUAUGAAAGUAUUAAUAAUGAAAGCAGGAAUUUUGGUUCUGCAGUUUUGCCUAUUUUAUUUGUGAUUUUAAUGAUUUAUAAUGAAUAUCUUCAUCGCAUAGCUGAAUAUUCUUCAUUUAUUUAUUGCAUAUCCACAUAAUUUGCAUACCUAGCCAACUCAGUUUUUAACCUUCCUGUUUUCUGGAUAGAGUUCAUACUGUUGACGUCUUACACAAGGCAUCCCAGUAAUAAGGUGCAAAAAUAAAAUAAAAUAAUCUUUCUUGCAACUUAUAUAAUAUAGACUGACGUACACACUGUGGCUGGGAUCCAAAAGAGCAACUUUAGGCGUGCCUAUUGAUGGAUGUGCAUGCCUGAAGAGGGAGGUUUCUACCGGCAAUGGUACGUCAAGCCACAAACCGUUCUCAAAACUCUCACGGCAUUAAUAAUUUUAUAUAAACUGUUCUCUGAAGUCUGGCUGGAAAGUGGAAUAUGAACACCUUAUCAAUAAAUAUUGCCUGUUUCUCACCAGUCACCAGUUCUCUUCCCAGGUUGUGCUGUUGCACUGAGGGUAGCUUUUUUCUAAGAAUCCUCCUUCCUGUUACAGUAGUUCCAGAUCCUACAGCACCUUAUGCACCUUAUAUUGUUGAAGUCUAGCUUCUUUCUUUUAGCUUUCUUAGUUUAGAUACGUCCUUGAUUUCAUUGUGCGAUGGCACAGUAACAAACAAGGGCUUCCAAGGAUUCAAGCUGACUAGUGAGAAAUAGGCAAUAUUUAUUGAUAAGGUGUUCAUAUUCCACUUUCCAGCCAGACCUCGGAGAACAGUUUAUAUAAAAUUAUUAAAACAAUAAGCAUCAGAAUACAAAGCAAUAAAACAGAGAAGACGAGCAACUCUUUGUCAUUGGAGUAGCUCCCCUCUGUGGCACGAUGUUCUUUAGAAGCUGCUCUGGUGGCAGCUGCAGGAAGUGAGGGGUCAGUGCUGGGCACUGGGUGGUGGCACCUCACAAACGGUUUCUAUUCUAUUCCAUUCCCCACACAUCCUUCUGCUCUACAUUGAUCUGGAAUAGGUACCACUCCCUCAAUCUGUAUUUGCACAAAUUAAAUUUUCAUUCCACCCAUGCAUAUGCAUUGAAAGAACCAAUAAAAUCCAGGGACGACUUCUCCUCUUUUUCAGCCGUUGAUAUUGUGAAUUGUGGCAGGAUAGUUAAGAAGUAGCCAACCCACUAGUGCUGGAUGCAGGUGUAGUUGAUGUUGGCACAAAAGGUUCCUCACAGACACUGAUUUGUUCAGUGUUGCGUCUGUUCUCUCAGGUCCCUCCUUUUGGAUUGGUUUCUUACAAUUUGCUUUUGACUGAAGCUGUAUACACACCAUAAUUUUAAAAUGGAUAAAAAGCACACCGCUCCCAGAGAAUCCUGGAAACUGUAGUUUCCUCUCACAGAUCUUCACUUCCCAGCAUCCUUAAUAAACUACUGUUCCUGGGAUUCUUUGAGGAAAGCCAUGUGCAUUAGAUGUGUUUUAUUUAAAUGUAUCUUGUGUAUGCAGCCAGCAGCAGCUCAACUCAUUUGCUGCUACGCAAUUUGUGUCGCUCCACAGCCCAGUUUCAUCUCUGUGUUGCUUAGCUAAUAGAGGAGCAGGGGCCACAGUUCAGGUGCCUGGGACAUUCAGUGGCACACACCUGUUUCUACCCCGUUAGGCUCUCAAAAGAGGAUGUUCUUGUGACACAGCAACCUCCUGGUUUUUUUAGGGCCUUUGUGAAAAGUCUAAGGAUGCAACAUCACAUACGUGUUUAGUGACAGCCUCCAAACCUUUGAGCUCCCUGCUUGCUUCUUCCUGGUAUAUCACAUUGACCCACGUGCAUCUGUCUUCGUCUAGCUAUUUUUGGCAGGCGCCUCUGCAUAGAGGGCAAGGACUUUGCAGGGCAUAGUUGAGUGAGCUGCUGGGAAGGGGUGAAGCGUUCAGGCCACACACCUGUUUGUGACUGGGUUGAUCUGUCUUAAAUGUCCUCUGGCCGUGGGAAGGAAGACAGGCCCGAGCUUUGCUUUAGAGCCACAGAGAAUGGGUCCUCGGGAAAGCGGCAGGAGCACCGUGGAUGGAGAGACUGCUGGGUAACGUAUGCAAGAUAGUAAAAGUAAAUACUAUCCCUAGCCUAUCCCUAGUCUAUCCCUAGCCCUGACCAAACUGCGGGAGGCAGUGGAAGACAGGAGUGCCUGGCGUGCUCUGGUCCAUGGGGUCACGAAGAGUCGGACACGACUAAACGACUAAACAACAAUCCCUAGCCCUUAAGACCAUGGGUCCAGUCCAGGGCUUCAGCCAGGCUGGAACAGGAACCUUGGAGCCGUGUUUGGGGCAUUUCUGUUUUAAAAUAGCAAAAUGUGACUGAGGAAGGAUAAUGCCAGUUCUGCAUAUUUUUCUGAGGGGACUGCGUCUUAAUGUUGCUGUGUAGAUUUAUGUCAUUAAAUCAGAAAAUAAUUUGAGCGUUUGGUAUCUCUUUGUAAAUUUGUCUGUCGCCUAUAGAGACAUUUCCGAGCAGAUCUUUUCGCACUGAUAAUUGUGCAGAGGAAGAUGUGGUUGGCCUUCCAAGAGUAUGGAAAUUUGGGCCUCCAGUUACAGGUUUUGCGGUUAACAGAUAGACCUCACCCAGCUGCAGCAGCCAGACCCGGCUUUUGCAUCUGAGCUGUUAGGAAAUGGAGCCCUGACUGUGCCUGCCUCCUCCUGUCUGCCCAGCCUGUUCGUGUGGCCUUGGGCAGCUUGUGUGUGCCAAUGAGAGACGAGUGGAAAUGUCAGGGGUCAAGCUGCAGACAGGCAGGUCAGCUUCAGCCACAGCCUUGCAUAGUGCAGAAACAGGGAGUUCUCUCUGGGGAAGAUUAACUCUUUCCAGCACUGCUGCUUACUAAAGAAUGGCAAGCUGCUUGAGCGUGAGUGAAGGACAGGCUUCGCCUUGCGCUGCACUCUCUUGGUUUGCACAGUAACUGGGAUCAAAGUUUUGCUGCAUCUCCACAUUGGACUUGAAAGACCCCAGGGUGUGACCAUCUAGGGAGCCUUGUAGCUUUGGGCUUAUGCACCUUUCCUAUGCACUUUAAAGCUCAGUCGGAGCAAACAGCAUUCUGUGGAAAACCGAAAUUGACGUUUGCUCUAACUGAGCGCUAAGAGCAGGUUUUCAUGGGGAAAGCUCCAGAGUGAAAAAAGCCCACCACUUGGACAUGGAGCUUUAAAGCACGGACCUGUGCCUGGAAAGAGCAGAGCAAAAGCGUAAGUGUGGACAAGCCCUUAGUGGAUCCCGAGACACAGGAGCUGAUGUUGCACCUUUGUCCCAGGGGUGUUAGCAGAUGCUGGGAUAAAUCUCCAUUGACCCUCUUUGUACAGCCCAUUUAGAGGAAUUUAUUCGGAGGCCUGGAUGCAAGUCCUGCCUUUGCUAUGUCCUUGCGAAGUUGCCUCCUUCCAGUUUUUCUAAGAGUUGUCACAGCAGUUGCAAUAAAGAUUCUAAAGCAUGUUGCAAAUGCUAAUGGCAAAUAAUCUAUUGGAGUCCUUUGGUCCUCACAUUGAAUGCACUUUUGGAGGAGAGGAGAAAAGUGGGGACAGCUCUCUCUCUUCAUAUGGUUUUUACCUUGCUGUUUGGGGGAUCUUAAAGCAUGCUAUGAGACCAUAUGGCUUUCACAAGAUGGGCAAAGCCUCACUUGAACCAUCCUGACUGACUUAGGGAUUUUAAAGAUGCUUUCUGUAGGAAAUGCACAAUGGUCUUGUGUAACUGGAAACACAAAUACCUUACUCAAAAAAUAAUAAUACUUUGGCUGAAUCCGUAUUGCCUGUUUCUUUUUAAAGCCCUCAUGCAGCAGCAGUCCCUUGUGGGGGCGAUGUCUGAUGCUGCAGCUACAGUUGCAUUUGAAAGGUGCAUGAGUGUCAUGGGCAUCUACUGGAUAGUACCCCUGAUACCUCUGUCCACUUACCCAGAAAAUGCUGGUAAAUAAUUCAUUUUGUAAUAAAAUGAAACCUUUUAUAAAUUGACUGUAUUUAGAAGCUGCACCACUGGAAGUGGGGAGUGUUCCUUUUCCUUCGCCCUCUCCAUCCCACCCCCCUUGAUCCCUGUUCCAGGUUCUUAGGGUAGGAUUGGGGCAUAGAGGAUAGUUUCACAGGCUGAUACCUUGCAACUCUAAACCUCUUCUUAGCAAAGAUUCCCUGCCUGGAUGGCGCCAGCCAGAGUGGAGGGCUGAUUCUUACGUGUUGCUUGAGGAAAUUGACGUUUCCUACAUAGUUGUAGUUUUUCUUGUUCAUUUGUUUCAAUCUAGGCAUCUCUUCCCAUAAACGUCUCAAAGUGACUUAACAAAAAAUUGGAAGUAGAGUACAAAAUACAGCGUUAAAAUCUGACAUGCUGUUUGUCCUCUGAUGGGCUUCACUUCCGAGGGCUCAUCCGCAAUGAAUAAUAAUAAUAAUAAUAAUAAUAAUAAAUUUUUUUUUUAUACCCCGCCCUCCCCAGCCAAGGCCGGGCUCAGAGCGGCUUACAAGCAAUAAUAAAAACAAGUUAAAUGAUUACAACUUAAAAACAAAAUUAAAAAAUACAACAUUAAAAUAUUGAAACAUUAAAAUAUUAAAAUGUAGCCUCAUCGCAGAGGGAGAAGGAAAAGAAAAUAGAAAGAGAGGGAGGGAAUCAAAUUGGCUCCAAGCCAAAGGCCAGGCGGAACAACUCUGUCUUACAGGCCCUGCGGAAAGAAAUCAGAUCCUGCAGGGCCCUGGUCUCAUGAGGCAGAGCGUUCCACCAGGCCGGAGCCAGAGUUGAAAAGGCCCUGGCUCUGGUUGAAGCCAAUCUGACUUCCUUAGGGCCCGGGACCACUUGGGUGUUGCAAUUUAUGGACCUUGAGGCUCUCCGUGGGGCAUACCGGGAGAGGCGGUCCCGUAGGUACGAGGGUCCUAGGCCUUGAAGGGCUUUAAAGGUCAAAAGCAGCACCUUAAAUCUGACCCUGUACUCCACCGGGAGCCAGUGCAGCUGGAAAAGCACUGGGUGAAUAUGCUCCCCUGGCAGAGACCCCGUGAGGAGCCUCGCUGCAGUAUUCUGCACCCGCUGGAGCUUCUGGGACAGCUUCAAGGGCAGCCCCGCGUAGAGCGAAUUACAGUAGUCAAGCCUGGAGAUGACCGUUGCAUGGAUCACUGUGGCCAGGUCGGGGCGGGAAAGGUAAGGGACCAACUGCUUGAUGCGGCGAAGGUGGAAAAAUGUCGCCUUGGCUGUUGCUGUAACCUGCACCUCCAUGGAAAGGGAGGCGUCAAGGAUUACACCCAAACUCUUAACGGAAGGCAAUGGCACUAAUUGGGCCCCUGCAAGAGAAUGGAGUUGGUCCCUCAUCCCCAUGCCAUCCCGACCCAGCCAUAGGACCUCUGUCUUUGAAGGAUUUAGUUUCAAUCGGCUCCCACGAAACCAUCUAGCCACAGCUUCCAAGCAUCUGGUCAGUGUGUUCGGGGCCGAGUCGGUGUGGCCAUCCAUCAGCAGAUAGAGCUGAGUGUCAUCAGCAUAUUGGUGACAGCCCAGCCCAAAGCUCCGGAUAAUCUGGGCAAGGGGGUGCAUAAAGAUGUUAAAAAGCAUUGGGGAGAGGAUUGUGCCCUGCGGCACUCCACACACCAAGGAGUGGCGCGACGACAUUUCCCUCCCUAGUGCCACCCUCUGUCCCCGACCAGAGAUAAAAGAGCACAGCCAGUUACGGGCUAUGCCAUGUAUCCCCACGUCUGCGAGACGGUGGUCCAGAAGAUCAUGAUCAACCAUGUCAAAGGCUGCUGACAAAUCUAAAAGGAUCACCAGUCCAGACCCGCCUCGAUCCAGCUGUCUACGGAGAUCGUCUGUUAGGGCAACCAGAGCCGUCUCGGUCCCAAAACCAGGACGGAAACCGGACUGAAAUGGAUCUAAAGCCGAUGUUUCCUCCAGAAACCUACCAAGCUGUUCAGCAACCGCUCUCUCAGUUACCUUACCCAGAUAUGAAAGAUUUGAAACUGGGCGGUAAUUGGAUAGGUCUAAGGGAUCUUAUGAAGUUUUCUUUAAGAGUGCUUCCUUCAGUUCCCCUGGGAAUGUCCCCGUGUCAAGGGACAAAUUGAUAAUUUCAACCAGGGGGGUCCGCGCAACAUCUGGACACUCCCUAAUCAGCCAAGACGGGCACGGAUCAAGGAGGCAGGUGGUGGGCCUACUAACUUGGAGGAAUCUAUCCACAUCAGCAGGGAGUAUUCGAUCGAAAUGGUCCAACACUGGACCUGAAGUCAGUUGAGGGGCCUCCAGUUCAGUCACUGUAUCUAAAUUGGCAGGGAGGUCAUGGCGGAGCAACAGGACUUUCUCGGCAAAAAAGCUCGCGAAUGCCUCACAGCUGUGGGUCGAAUUUGUGCUUAAAUUUGGUUGUCCUCCUAAGGACGUUAUCGACCUAAUUAUUCUAAAAAGUUGUGUCGGGUGAGAGCUAGCAGAUACAAUGGAAGCUGCAAAGUAAGAUUUCUUAGCAGCUUUCAUAGCCAUCUCAUAAGCUUUCAUAAGCGUCCUAUAAGAUGUUCUUGAGGCUCUGUCAUGAGUCCGUCGCCAUACUCGCUCUAGCCGUCUGAGAUCCCGCUUCAUUUUCCGGAGCUCCUCAGUAAACCAAGGGGCCCAGUUUCGACGGGGUCGCAGAGGGCGCUUAGGCACGAUCUCAUCAAUGGCUGCCAAGAGCCGGUUACUCCAGUCCUCAGCAAGGUCAUCUAAUGAGUCGCCAGGAGGAGCAGGGUUCCGCAAGGCUUGUCGGAAUCUAUCAGGAUCCAUCAGUUUUCGCGGACGAGCCCAAAUAGGUUCGCCACCCGAGCCGGGGAGGAGUGGGAAGUCAAUCUUGGCUUUCAGAGCGUAGUGAUCAGACCAUGGCACUUCCACAGCAGGGAGCAUGAUCACAUCUAUGCCAGCCCCAAAGAUCAGAUCCAGCAUGUGGCCUGCUUGAUGAGUGGGGCCCAAAACAAACUGGGAGAGCCCUAGUGUUGCCAUGGAAGUCACUAGGUCCAGAGCCUGUGAGGAGGGAGCAGCAUCGGCAUGGACGUUGAAGUCUCCCAAAACCAGUAGGCCUGGGAACUCCAAGGCCCAGCCGGCCACCACCUCCAGCAGGUCUGACAGGGUGGCUGCCGGUGUGCUGGGUGGUCAGUACACCAGCCAGACAGCCAAGCUCUCCUUGGUGCCCCACACGAGACCAACACAUUCAAUGCCGGAGAUCGCCGGUGAUGGCAGAGCUCUGAAAGAGCAAUCCUCCCGGAUUAACAACGCUACUCCUCCCCCCCGACCCACAGACCGCGAUUGAUGGAGGACAGAGAAACCUGGGGGUGUUAUCUCAUGUAGGGAGACUACUUCGCCUUCCCGUACCCAGGUCUCCGUCACGCAAGCCAGGUCAAUUCCCUGCGAGACAAAAAAGUCACGCAUGGUGGCGGUUUUGUUGCCUAUGGACCUGGCAUUGCACAGCACUAAUGACGGAGGUGGGUAAUCCUUGCUCUCCCUACUCUCAUCCCUUUAGAUGGGGCGUAGAUUGGAAGGGGUUCGAGGAUCACUGCAUCUCGAAACCCUUCGCCGAUAGAGAUUUCUAGCCCCACUGCCAUUCCUCCCUAGCCCUUCAAUAGUGGAAAUCCCAGACCCCAUACUAGCCUCCCCAAUAGCGGGGUAACAUCCCCUCAAUAACAAAUCACCCUUGGGCCAGGACUCCUGGGUCAAAAUGGUAUGGGGAAGAGGUGGAGGUUUGAUAGGGUAAGUAUCCCUAGAAGAUAAAACCCAACCAACCGCACCCCAAGUGGGGAGGACAGUCUCAUGGUGUUUCGUUAACUGUCAACCCCCCUCUCCCUCCUGGGUUGAUUCGAGGAUUGUUGGUUCUAUCUGUGGCUGUGGGAAUAUUAAUGAGGUAUGUGGUAUAAAAUGUGGAUCACUGGCUAACAAAGAGCCAGCUUCGAAUACGGAAGAUCUGUCCAUCCUGUCUCGCCAAUGCGAGUCCUGAGCCUCGAAAGCAUGAGUCCGAGAGGUUUUCCACUUGUCUCAUGCUUUCUAGGCACAGGUCUGAGCAGUUUUGCCUUUGCCCUGCCACUUUCCCCAGGAAAACCCGCUCUUCAGUGAUAAACUGGAACAAACAGCAAUCUGCAGAAAACCUCAUUGCUAUUUGCUCAGAUUCAGGGCUAAACUGCAGGUUUUUCCAGGGGAAAAUGACGAGACAGACAGUGUGGAUGAGCCCUGAUAUCAUACAGACAGAUGAGAAGGUUUUCAAAAUCAUAAAACAAAUCUCUCUAAACCCCCAUAGACUCAGUCACCAAACAAAUGCCCCCCAAUACCUUCAACUGCUUCAGAAGGGUGAGGGGAGAGUCUCCAUCAGGCAAGGCCUCCUUCCGCCUGCCUUGCCUUACCCUCUAGUCUCUGCUUCUCAAUUUGUAUUGUAUCAUUUUAUGCACUGUGGCUUGCCGUUGUUUUAUUGAUUAUAUUUUAGAAAUUAUUUAUUGUAACUGUGGAGUGGAUUUCUGUUUAGCUUUUAUAUGUUAUUAUUAUUUAAUACUUUUCUAAUGAUUGUUGAAUGUUACUUUUUUGAUGUAGGUUGCCUAUUUUAAAGUUUUAUUAUCACAUUUUUGUAUUGCAUUAGAUUGUCAUAAGUUGUACAUUUUUUGUUUCUUCAGCUUGUAAACCGCCUUGAGUAUUGUAAGAUAGAAAGGCGGUAUACAAAUUAAAAGAUGAUGGUGAUGAUGAUGAAAAUGAACACUUCUAGGUCUGGGAGAAAGGUCUUUUGCUUGAUGCCAAAAAGAUGUCUGUGUUGGCACCACUUCAUCAGGAUUCCUACAGAAGGCAUUUCAUAGGUGGAGGACAAGGCCUGUCCUCUUGUAGCCAGUUUCUGAAUUGCUACCAAAAUGAAGGGCUUCUGAAAAUGACAAUUUAGUCAACUUAGUCACUUUACACAGAGGAUGACCUCAGAUGUUCCACAAGAUCUUGGUCCUUAGCUGUACAAAUCAGAAGUUUGAGUUGGACCCACAAAUGAAUUGGCAGCUGAUGCAAUUGAACUAGAAUCGGAUGUUAUGUACUCAAAUCAUGUGGCCUGUUAGGAAUCUUCUCACUGAAUUCUGCACCAGCUGUAGUCCCUGAAUAAUCUUCAGAGGCAGCCCCUCAUACAACGCAUUGUUGUAAUCCAUCCUAAAGGUUGCCAAGGCAUAAGCAACGGAAGUCACUUGUUCAGAGUGCUUCCUAAUGGCUGCCAUUACCUGGCUUUCUCCUCAUGUAUUCAGUUUUCUGGAUUUUCAUUUUCCCUCCAAGGUCCAUAAUAUUCUGCUUCUCAGUGUGAGAGGCUGUCGGGAGCAGUCGGUGAUAUACUUGAGUAGUGUACCCUAUUCACUAUUUAGGUAAGGGGAAGCAUUGGAAAGAGUAAAUAGGACAGAAACAUGACAGGGAAAAUGUUGCCCUAUGGCAGUGCAGUUCAGAGGCCCCGGCUUUGUUUUGGAAUGCGGUGGUUAUGGUUAAAUAUUUUUUAAAUUGGUGGAAUACAAUUUCAAACUGAUAUAAGUUGGUGAGAUAUGAAACCAUCUUUAAUUAGGAGGAGAUACUGAUAGCAAAGGAGUAGGGUGGCUCCAACAUCCUCACACUUCUCAGGUUGCACCGCGUAGCCUCUUGUUAAGUUGGCAUGUGCUAAUCUCACUGGCUAAGUACACUGGGAGCCCCUGGAGGAGUCUGUGUCCAUUCUGCUCUUCUUGAGCAUGUGGCUGUCUCUUUGCUUUAGGCAAGCCCGGUUGGCAAGCUCCACUCUCUGUUUAUGAAGGGAGUCCCAUGUGAGGGGCCUUUUUCAUGUUUGAAUUGAAAGCUGCCUUUGAACUCCACGUUACUCUGCAGGGAAUUGUCUCUUUCACCUAAAAGGCACCAUGGGAGAGCUUUCUAUGGGAAAACGUCUUUGGGCUGUUGUGGUGACCAGACGUUAGCCACACCCUGCUUUUCAAGCAACAUCCAGCCUCUUAUUUUGCAGUACACGAAUCUGUGGCUAGGGCAAUGUCCCACCUGCAAGAUGAUGUUCUUAAAAGUUGCUGAAGGUUUUCAAUGACUAGCUCUCCAGUGGCUGGGAUGGGGGGAUGUUGGGGCAGCAAAAAGUCAAGCAUGAGAAUGGAGGUUGCUGCUGUCCAUCCUCUUUGAUGGGCUUCCCUUCUUAUGGCUCACCCACACUUCUGCCUGUCCCCUGCCUAGAAAGUACAGGGCCAUGUGUGCUUUUUGUUUGGCCUGCCACUUUCCCUGGGAAAACCCGCUGUUUACUGCUAAAUCUGAACAAACCUCAAUCUGCAGAAAAAUCAAUGGGCGUUUGUUCCGAUUCAGCAGUAAACAGCAGCUUCCCCUGAGGGAAAGUGGCGGAAGAAGCAGAAAUGUGGACAAGACUUCAAUGUCAAGAAGAUGGCAGUUUAUUUCAGGUGGGCUGGAUAUUUAAACAGACGCAAAUGCUGUCCCAAACCAGUACAUACAAAGUUGAGAAUUGGAGGUCGUUUAGGUAACCAGUGCUGAAUAGUUUUUGGUUUAGACAAAAUACUUGCAGGCCACUGGAGUGCCUCCUUUCAGUUUCUGCUAUGGGGUGUGAGAGUAGCUGAUUGGCCAGAAUGUGAGGAAAUGGGUGUGGUCUGCUGGGGGCACCCAGUGCACUCUGGGUGGUGGCUGCUUCUGAAAUGCUGAACGUGGCCACAGAGCCUGAAAGACAAAUGUUGCCCCAUCACAAUAGAGGCUCCAGGCAUCUUUCCAUGGCGUUGAUUCAUGAGCCUUGGGUUGCUGGUGUGUGUGCUCUGACCAAGAAACCAUGGGGGGGGGGGAGGUCCUGAGCCAGAUUGCGAGGGAGGCUGGGUGGUUGUGUUCAUCUUUUGCCCUCUUGGUCAUCCUAUUCAGAACUGCUUUCGCCGCACCUUCUGUUUGCACUGGGUAGAAAGCUUCUCUGGGGGGACAUUUCUGAUGGGAGCAAAGGACUAAAACUCCCUUCCUCCAUGGCCAUGGCCCCAAUACAGCCACCAAAAGGCUAUACAUACAAUGUGACAAAUCAUCACACACAGCUUCUCCUUUAGCUUUGCCUGUUGAGCACGAAAGAACUGUGGCCUCCUUUUGUGUGUGCAGAUGUUGGCCUCUGCCUGGAGGGACAGCCUCUGCUUUUCCACUGAUGCCUGAAGGUGGACGUGCGAGAGCCAGUAAAGAGCUCCUUCCUCUGUGCCCUUCUCUGCAUUGUAAGCCUGUGGGAAGUAUCGGGUUUUCUUCUUUUUCCUUUUGGCUGGUAAAUGGAAGAGCAGCAGCUGUGCCUUUUUGGCUCUGGGUGCCUGUAUGUGUGAUGGGGAUGAGGUCAGCCACUGCUGGUUUGGGUGCAAAUGUAGCCUGUCUUCAUGGCACCCUCCCUUUCUUCAGCGUCACAGGCUCUUCCUUUCCAGACCUUGUCAGUCCUCCUCGGUGGAGUCAGUGAGGUUGCCUCCCACCUUUGCCUCCUCCAUGCAGUGUCUCCAGCAGGAGAAAUUCGCUGUUCGCCCUUCCACCGCUGUUAGGCCAGCUUCCACUCUGGGUGGAAAUACAAACCAAAACGACUUAGUAGGAACAUACUCCCAAGGUGUCUUAGUUUCCAGCAGGUCCCUGCUAUCUGCUGGUAUCUGGUUUUCUCGGCAAAAGCCAAGGGUCAGCAGCUCCUUUCCAGCUUUUGGAGCCUGAGAAGCAAAACAAACAUCCUUGCAACAUGGCCUGAUACAUGCUCUCUUUAGAAUCUCAGGCAGCACCUCCAUUAAUCAUCCUGUCGGUGAAGGAAGAGCCUUUGAAGAUUAGAGGACACUUGCCAGGGCUGACAAGAGCUGCUGCAGGAAGGGCCAGGCACAGAGGAGACGGCAUUAAGGAUAAAUGGGCUCCUUCCCAAUGCAAGUGUGUGCAUUCAUGUGGAGGGGGGGAUCCCACCCAGGUUUCCCUCCCUCUCCCGUCUCCAUAGUGAGUGAUGAUGACUGCUAAUACUUCAAUGACUGGAGCAGGGGAGAAUGUCCCACUAUGCAUCACCACAGCGUCUGCUAAAGAGCCUUUUGCUUUCUCUAGAAAAAGUGGUUUUUGCAGAGUGAGUGGCAUGGCUAUAAAAAUGCUUCUUCCUGGCCUUUGGAGUGCAGCCAGUUCCUAGGCAAGCCAAGUGUCUCAUGCCAUGAUGCUACUGUUUCAGAUGUGUCUCUCGUUGUGGGCUUAAGACAUGCUGAGCAUACGGGAGGAUCAGAAACCCAGAUUUUGAAGCAUGCACUUACUUAGGAGCUGUGUGUGCCUCCUUGAGCACUGGCCAGAGGUGCAGCAAAAGCAUCUCCAUCCAGCAGCGGGAGGCUGAACAACUGGAGGGGGGAAAUGACCCAUGCAAAAUGGUUUUGAAUGGCUACAAGUCACGCUGACUGUAUGCCACCUCCAAGAGUCAUGGUCUGCCUCUGAAGACCAGUCGCUGAGGAACAUGCGGGGGGCUGGGCUGUUGCACUGCUGUCCUGCUUGUGGGCUUCUCAGAGGCCUCUGGGUGGCUGCUGUAGGAGCAGAAGGUUGGGCUCCUUGGGCCUUGAGUCCAUUCCUUCAGGGAGGGAGGGAGGAGAGCCUCUUGGAAGGAGCUUGUGGGAAGGAAUGUAGUUUCUGCUGCUGUUGUAAAUGGAGAGGAGUGUAAGCUUCUGCUUCCAGUUUUAAAAAUGGUGUGGUCAUUUCAGAAAGUGCUGUGUGGGACAGUGGUGGGUGCGCAUGGCGCAUCUCCUUUGCCUGGCAUUGACCGUGACCCCUUUGCGGAUGAGCCUUUCUGUUCAGUUGCAAGAGCAGAUUGCUCCAUUGGUGUGAAAGGCAGCGUGUAGCUUGUGUCGGUGUUCUGUCCUCUGAGUAUUCUGUGGUGUGCACAGAUGCACAGUUAGGUGUCCAAACCAAUAUGUCAAACUGUCACGGGGGAGACUUAGUGAAAAAGAUCUUGUCCUAAGGCAGUAAUUUUAAUAGCGAGAUGCAGCAGCAGCAGCAACAGCAGCAGCAGCCCUGGAAGCCACUCCCACUGGGGAGCGCUUGGCCUUGUGCACCAAAGCGCAUGACGGGGGGGAGGAGGAGGAGGAGGGAGUCUCCCAGAAGAUGGGGCUUGAGCCUUCAGCCUUAACCUUAAUCAAGGAGCUUCACGGUUGGCUGGCCACAGAGGGCCGAGUGCCAUCGGCCAGCCCCACGCUGGGCUGGGAGGAUGCAACUCUGGCUCAGCCGACGACUGCGUGUAGCUGCAGGGCUUUGUCAGAGCCUUCUGAGAGGUGCAAGGGAUGAGCCUUGAGGCAGGUCUCUUCCUCCUGCGAGAGCAAAUUGACAGCGCUGGAUGGCCAGACCUUGACCAGGCUCACAGUUGCUCCUUGGUUGUGUGUGUGUGCAUGCGCCUGUGCUUCUGCCGCCUCCCCCCCCCCCCCAUUGCUUCGGAAGAAAGAGACGGCUUCUGGCCUUCCUGCCAUGUCUCCUGUUGCCUUCAUUAAGCUGCUGGUAGGCUCAUAAUUCAACAUUCCUUGCAGGUGGUGAUGUGUGAGAUGCCUUCUUUGCUGGCAGGUGAUAUUUCUGAGGACUCGUGGCCUUGUGUGCUGCUCCUUCCUGCUCCUUGCAGAAGCAGAAGGAUGCGUGUGCCUGAGGCUCCCUCUGAGGGCAGGUGCUCUGAAGAGAGAGGCAAGGUCUGGCUCUCUCCUGCACCCUGUCCAGUUUCCCUCCUGGUAGCGGCAGCACUGCCUCUUGACUGCUGCCACAAAGAGUGCUAAAGCAGAGCCCCCGUCCCCCUCCCCACUGAGCAUCCUGGCCAGGGUGUGCCUGGACUCUUUGUCCCCACGUCCUUCUCUGUGCCGCUCUGCCUUGGCAGACCCCACCCUGAGAAGAAAGGGUUUGUGGGCUUGUCUUUGGCCCCACGUUCUUCUUUGCAGCCCCGUGGCCCCAGCAUUUCCUUGGCUCCUUGCUUUCCCGCCCCCUGCCUCAUUGUUCCGCUUCCUUUGGACUCCCUGAUCCUCAGCCAGCGUUCUGGCCCCUCCCUGGAGCUCCCCCUUGCUCCCCCUCUGUGGCUGCCUUCUGGCUUCCUGGAACGUCUUCUCACCUCCCUUUCAGCCUCCUCUGCUGAUGCUGCUUGUCUUCACCUGCCUAAGCCUCUGUGAGAGUUUUCUCCAGCCCAGCUGACCUUUCAUUCUCUUACAGAAGCUGGCUGUUGGCAGUCUCAUGUUUUUAGAAAUCUUCACUGAGCAUGUCAAAAUAUCCCUAAGAACGUAGGAAGAAUCCUGUUUGGAUCAGGCCAAAGGGGGCCCAUGUAUUCCAAUGUCCUGCUUCCCACUCAGCCCCCCUGAUGUCUCUUGGGGGGGGGGACCCCUGCCCCGCCCACAAGCAGGAUAUGAGUGCACUAGGCAUCUCCCAGGUUCAGUCCCCAGCAGCUAAUAUUCAGGGCCUGUGGGAAGGUAAUCGUGACUGGUCGUCUUUGCCUCUGAUAUACCUUGUGUGACAUCGCAGCUGCUCAGCUCCUUGCUACUACAGGCAUUCCUGCCACAGAACCCUUCAGUGCACUAAACGAGGUGGCAGGGAAAGGAGAGUGCAAGUGCUGUUUAGAAAUGCCACAGAGCUGCUUGCUGUGGUGGAGAAGAAGGCAGAGAGGAUACUGAGAAGGCCGACAGAUGGACCUCCUUCCCCUUUGCCAUUGAUGUGGCCAGACUUUCAUGAGGCCACAUUUUUGGUGGGAUCUUUGGCUUGAGCGGCACAAUCAGUAUGGAUCCUGUCGCUAUAGUCUGCCAGCACUGAUGGAGGCAGUUUUGUGUUUAUGUGGGACCAAAAGCUCCAUGGGAGGAUCAGAUGGGAGGUUUGCACAAUCCCCAGUGAGAUCAGGGCAUAAGGUUUUUUAAUAGCAAAACUUGCUGCUGCCGCCGUUUUCAGCCAUCUGGUUAGUGAGUCUGAAUAGGCACCCCUAGUUUGUGGAUUUCUCUAUCAAGGAGGGGAGAGGCCUAGAUUUGGUGGAGUGGUGGGAUGGAAAUAUUAAAAGAAAAUAGUAAAUAAUAGCUGCCAGUGUUGAGCAGACUCCAAGGCUUAACCUCCCUAUCUCCCAUUCUCUGGGAAACCCUCAUACAAAUAUCCACCAAGCCAAUUCACUUAAAACCCAAGACAGGAUUGUGCCGUCAAAUUUGGCACAGUCUGAUGUUCUUGUGAUCUCCUGAGCUCCAAUUAGGACCAUGAAGGAAAGGAAGAAUGGACUAGAUCAGUUGGGGCCCACGUGUGUUCCUUGGCUGUACAACUUGUGCUGAUUUGAACUCAUCUCUCACUCAUGAGACUCGGGCAGGGUGGUAUGGUAUUUUAAAAGGUACAAUAUAUAAUAAUGAAAAAUGACCUGUAUUUAUUUAACUUUGUCACCAAGACAGAAGUGUCUGCUUAGAAAACUCUUGCAUUGUGCUCAGGCUAAUCUCUUCAAGGCUGUAGGGAGCUCUGGAACUGCAAAGCGGCCUUCAAGGGGGUGCUUUCCUGCUUUUUAAAUCUGAUGACAGUGUGAACUGCUGUGUGUGUGUGUGUGUGUGUGUGUGCGCGCAAAAGAGUCUGCAUUUCUAGGCCUGAGUCCAGGCUUUCCAGGUCUGGGUCCAGGAACUUUUAUUUUUGCCCUAGUGCUUUCCCUGCAAAAGCCCACUCUUUAGUGGUGAAAACAAUUCCACGGAAAACCUGAAUUGAUUGAUUCAGCAAUAAAUAUUGGGUUUUCCUGGGGAAACCAGUGGGGCAAAAAAAAAAAAUGGACAAAGAAGGUGUGUGGAUGCGCCCUUAGUUUUGAUAAAGGGAGGCAGUUCCUAAGCUCCACAGGAACCAGGUUUGUUAUUUUAGAGGCUGGAUUAUGGGGGGAAAACAGCAAUAGAAAAAACAGCUUCUUGGGAAUCUCAGCUUUUCCUUUCCAAGUUUCUAUCCCUUAUGGCUAAAAAUGUAUGCUUGAAAUUGUGUGCACAGUCCUUGGGGGAAUUCUAGAAGCCAGAAGCCCAAACCUGAUGUUACCUAUAUUAUGCAACUGUCACCAUUCACAUCCGUUCGCCAUCUCCCCUGGGAAUGUCUAGUUGAAGCUGACAUGCAGCGUGAUGCCAUUGUGUUCAGCUUUUCCCUGCCCUUGCACCACUUAAUUGGCUACUGCUGCCUAUGUAUUUGGAUUGGGGGGGGAUGCUGAAUGCUGAACUCUGCGACAUCAUGUCAUGAGUCUGAUUCAGCUGUUGGAAGUUCCCAGGAGAGGUAGGGGCCAAUGCAGACUGGCCAUCUGCACCAGGGAAAGUCCCAUUCGGCCCAAGGUGGCAGCUGCAUAAGAUUUCCAGUAGUUUGGGGAUAGAGGCAAAGACACACACACACACACACACACACCCCGCCGCAAGACAAUAAAGCAAUAAUAAAUUAUGUAGAGAGAAAACAAAAUAAGUUAUGCAAAGUAAGAGAAAUUUACUCUUUCCUUGGCACAGAGUUUGGUUUUUCUGGGUGUGGCAGUUGCCAUUGUUUGUGUGGUGAGUGUGCAGCCUGUGGCUUAGGGUGACAUUCAUUAUUUGGAACCCCAAGAGACUUUGGAUUUCCCAUCUUGAGGGGAGAAUAGAGGCAGGGCAGGACCUGCAGUUGCUUUCAAAGGCAACCUGGGAUGCAGGCAGCUUCUUUCUCGUGACCAUGUGCUCCAGGUAGGGAUAAGGGAGAAAUCUGAUUGGUUUGCAUUUAAAGUUUGAUCUGUGGAACUGCUACUGUUACAGAUGCAACGUAAUGCUCAUUCUGCACUUGCAAUAAAUCAAUCUUUUACUGUGGCAGCACCUACACUUUAGAACUCCCUGCCUGCUUAGAGGCAUGUGUCUUUGCUGCAUUCUUUCAGACCCUGCUUAAAACCUUUUUGUUUAGUCAAGCCUAUCCAGACAUGUAGUUAAAUGCAUUUUGUCUUUCUUUACCUAUUGCAGAUUUUAAACGCUUUCAUACAUGCUUGUUUAAAACUUCUUCUCUUUUUACUGAGAAUUUUAAUAUUUUAUUUAUAUUAUAAUAAACUGCUUAAAGGGGUUUCCCCUGCACAAUCAAGCGGCAUAUAAAUUAUGUUGUUAAAAUAAAGGUGAACCUACCUACCAAAUUCACAUGAAACAGCCAUCCUUUUACAUCCACACUUCUCCAAAUUUUGCAAUGCAGUUCUCUGGUCAAGUAAUGUGAACAAAAAUGAGUAAUGCUAGCCUGCGUAGGAAUGCAUGUAUUAGUGAAAAUGGCUUUGCAGAAAUAUACAUAUGGUAAAAUUCCAUACAAACAUUAGCAGAAAUCCACUGAUGAAUUUUCAUGAGGACUUUUUUUUAAAAAGCAAACUAAUGAGAAAAUAUGGAGAAAUGGACAAAUUAGAAAGUGAAAUUGGCAGAUUUGCCCAUCCCUCAUUCCCAGUACCGUCUGAGUUUGGUCUUCAGGGCAGGGGUGGUGGUGGAUUAGGCUGGGUGGGGAGCGGAUGGGCACCCGUGUUUCUGCUUCUCUCUCACCCAGAAAGUGCCGUAAUUCAUCACUGCUAGCAUAGCCUUUUGCAUAAUAAUGCCAGGUUGUGAAAUGUUUGCUUUUUACUUUGAUACCUUCAGGGUUUGCUGCCUUGAGAUAUGGGUAUUAUUGUCAGGUGUGUAACUUCCUGCAUUUAUGCAGCAAGGUUCUGCUUAGCCUUUUGUCCCUAAAACUAAAGAAAUCUGAAUCACUUGCACUGUAUCUUUAAUCUCUUUAUUAAACUUCCUUUAAUAAAGAGAUUAAAGAUACAGUGCAAGUGAUUCAGAUUUCUUUAGUUUUAGGGACAAAAGGCUAAGCAGAACCUUGCUGCAUAAAUGCAGCUUCUGAUUUAUUUGAUUUCUAUAAAUUUCUAUAGCACUGUACCAAAUGAUGCACAGCUUGGGGCGACAGAACAACUCCUGUGGACCCUUUGGCUCCCUCCCUCCCACUCCUGCCACAUUCCCCUUCCACCCUUCCUUCCUGACAGAUGUCAUUGACUCCCCUCCUCCUCCUCCCACAUUCCUUUCCCUUCUUCUUCCGAGAACAUCCCAACUGCUUGAGGCUGCCAUCAGAAGCCUGAGAACAUUGUGCAUUGAGUUAUUUCUGUUGCUGCUGCUGCUGCUGCUGCUACACUGAGCUGACCAUAACCUCUCUGUCUACCCUCUGCAGCCCACGACCUCCCCUCAAGCAAGUCCUCGGCCGCGGCACAGAGUGGCAGCCAUUUGCAGUGCCUUUCUGUCCACUGCACGGACGACAUGGGCGAAGCGAAGGGCCGGACUGCGGUGCCAACGUGGAGAUCCCUGCACUCGGACAUCUCUAACAGAUUUGGGACUUUUGUGGCUGCCCUGACUUGAAGAAGAAGUGGGGGGGGGGGAGGAUCUUAUCUUUUCUUUUCUUUUCUUUCUUUUUUUGUUUAAAGGGCCACUCCUGCGAGUCGGACUCUUUUUCUAGGUUGGUACCUGCUUAGCGGCAUAGAGACUGGAAAGGGUUAAUUUAAAAUAAAGCUCACCUUGAUUUUUUAAAAAACAUCUCUCACCAUGGUAUGUUCCUACUGCUAACCCAUCUGUAAGAUGCGUCUGCCUGAAAGAUGGGUGCCCACCCACAGGAGGACUGAUCUUGGCUGCCUGGCUAGCUGAGGCCUUCCUUGUCUCUCGGUAUGUUGUGAUGAGGCAAGACGGUUUUACUUUGUACACAUUCCCCUGCCAUGCUUUGUUCUGUCCUGAUUAAAAUGCUCCUCAAAGUGAAAUUGCCACCCUAAAGCCACCGAAUGGAUGAUGAGCUUUUGUGUAUCUCCUGCAAGCCAAAUCUGUAAUGCUCAGUCCAGGAUUCGGCCUGUGCUGUUUCUUUCCAGAGAGCGAAACUAGGAGGAGAGGGGGAAGGGGGGAUGCAAGCUGUUCCCCCCCCCCCAUUCCUGCUGCCUGUCUGCUUUUUUGUCACAGAGUCUCAUCCCCAUUCUUCUUGGAGCAGCCAGAGGGCCAGGCAGAGCCACUUGCCCAAGCAGGGGACAGAGCUGUGUGUCUCCGUGGCAGCUUCCCUCCAAGGGCACCGAUUCUCACCCAAGGCCUGUGAGCAAGCAGAGGGUGCUUUUCCUUCUUCCUCGCUCCUGAUGCUGCCGGCCACCUUGGGGAGGGACAGAGUUUGUCUCGGCUGGGCUCAGUGUUGUUCCUGGUUAUGUGACAAGUGUAUGCUUCCUUACAGGCUUGCAUUGCUAAAGCAAUUGAAACAGGGAUUUAUUAAAAUUCAUUUUAAAAACCUAUUGUCAUCCUGUGGAACUGGGCUGAGGCAGCUGAGGGCAGGAGUGGCUGCUGAAUCCUUCGGGCUCUUCUAGGGCAGGGCUAAGCUGUGACCCUGUGGCAGAGCCGAAAAGCUGGGCAGGCCCCACUCUCUACCGUGCUGCUGGAAAGUGCUAGUUUCAUUGGUGGUUCCCCCCCCCCCCACGUCUCUGUCCAAUGAAACUAGCAUUUGCUGGAAUCCACUGGCCAUCAUCAUUUGGGGCAGAUUUAGCACAGGCCAACCAACCAUUGGCUGGAGUCUAAUGGAGCCCCCGGUUUUUCAAGGAGUGUUUCAGAGCAGCGCAUCCUGUGCCAUUAACCCAGGGAACCCUAAAAAGAGAUGUCACGCAAGUCGUUUCCCUCCCAUCACUUUUAAGUAGCAUUGGCACUACUGAGUGGCUUUUUCCAGUCCCUCUGCCUCUAGGGUUUGAGCAACGCCAGCGCAAGACAUUCUGCCCCCUGAGGCAAAGGGGCUUUUGAAAGAAGAAGGUAGUCUGAGGUUCUGCAGAACCUCCCGGCUGACCAUGCCUUGGUCUGGUGAAGAAUCCUGGGGAACCUAGGUAAUUUGGCAGACUGGGGCAUUUGGGACCAGGGGAUCCAAAUAUUUUCUGUGCCUCUGCCAUUUUCCAGUGUCCAAAAAUAGCUCUUAAAUUUUAAGAGUAGCACAAGCGCUCUCUGGGGCCACCUCACUAGAAUAUGUCACUGCAGAAGGACCUUGCUCAGAGCAAGGCCUGGGUGGUCCAGUGCCACCAGCAAGUCCUGUGGGAGCACUGCUGGUCCAUUUGCUCCUGGGGCACUAGGUGGUGGGCAUGUGCAGAGCAGACUGCCAUAGGGUGUGCACAUUUGCCACCCCUCCCAGUCCACUGCCUGAGGCAACAGUUGCUGGGUGGUUAACAAAUGGACUGGCCUUAUUUGGGCAAGUGUGUGUGAGAGAGAAUUUGGAAAGGCCCUUAGAAAAUGCCAAAAAUGUGUUGGUAAGGCCACAUGAGAUUUAGAAAGCUGUUUGAGUGAUGUGGGUGUCUGCCACAGUCUGCAGUUCCUUUUGUGAUCCAGUUCCUGCUGCUUCCAUCUGUGCACUUCAAGGGCUCUCCUGUCUGUCUGUGCCUCCCACCCUCCUCUCUCUCUCUCAUGCCCACAUGAGACCCCUUCUCCCCUCCCAUGGCGCUAAUACUCCAUGGGCCAGAAGAGGCAGGCUGAGCACGAUUCGCAGGCUGAACACAUUUUGGAUUCAGAAGGGUUAAUUCCAUAGCCAGCUUUAAAGCAGGGUGCCUGUUGUUUUAGCUACUUGAAGCUGUAUGGGCAAGUGGUCACUGGCUGGCAUUGCCUUGAUUCUCUGAAGGGAGGAUCACAGCAAAGGGAAACCCUAAGGUGUCAAGGACUUGUUGGUCUUCAGAUCAGCCGUCCCCAGAAAGAGCCUGUUAGCUUCCACCUGUCUGGGCCAUUGCUUUUCAGGCACAGGCUGUUGCUGCAGCUUGAUCUCCUCCCAAGCCCUUGGGGGGCCCCCAACCAUAAUACUGUAAAGCCGUGUAAAUGGUGAGGUAAUGUGGAUGGAAAGUUGUGGAGUGGGAAGGCACCUCCUCUGCCUGCUUUUGGGCAGGGUGUAUUGCAUCUAGGAAGCAGCAGUCCCCAGCAAGUCUAUGUUCUUUGCUGUUGGCCUUUCCUGGGAUGAAGGAAAGGCCCUUUUGGGCUCUGGGCAAGGCAGUUCUUUCAACCUUGGCCUCACUGACUGCAUUUUCCUAACUUUCUGUUCUUCUUCUGGUUAGUUUCCUUUAACUGGAGGAGGCCGCCUCCUCUUUCUUAAACCCAAGAAAUUCAAAUGAAGGCAUUUUAAAUGUCUACUCAGAUUUGUGUGAAAUUAUUUUCAUGUAGCUAAAGCUAGAUUUUACAUUUUCUUCUUUUCUCCCUGCGAGAUUUGCAACUCCAGGCCAGCCAGAGAGUCUUUGGUCCCUUCCACAUGACCUGUUCACUGAGCAUUCGUUCUGACUUGUGUCCAGGAUGGGAAAUGGACAUGGUGUCAUCCAGCAAUCAUCCCAUGCUCUCCUGUGUCUUUGGCCAUCAUGCUCCUUCUCCUGAAAAGUCUGGUUUUAAGGGAAUUUGUGGGAAUUUGUUUGUGACUGAAUCCCCCUCCCCCUCUGUUGCAGGAGGCAGAUCAAAACACUGCCUACAGGAAUGAACUUGUCCCUCCUUGCUGCAGGCACAUUGAAGAGAAGGAAGCAAGGCCUGCUGGGCAGGAGAUCUGCUACUCAGAAGGGCUUGGGUUUCCACCCUUUGGCGCCUGCCACCUCUGGGCGAUGGGCCUGGGGAGCAGAGCUGGAGGAGCCUCCCCCCCCCCCCGAGACCAUGCAGAUGAGCUGCUGCCUGGAGUCCCAGUCUAGGAGCACUGUUGGCCUGGGGACAUUCCCAUCAAACCACAAAAGAUUAUUUUAAACAACAUUAAUUUGUUUUCUUUUUAAAAUUAUGCUUUCUUGAACAAUCAACACAACUGAAAUUUUAAGUGUUUAAAGAAUACGAAAAUUAUUAAAGAAUAAGAAAUUAAUAAUGAUAACAAAACAGGAACUUUAAAAACCAUCCAGUAGAUUAAACUCUCAUUCAGGCAAUUUGGUGGGGGGGAGAAAGUUUCCAAAUUGAAAUCUUUUUCAUUGCCAGAAAGUACUUUUGCAGCUAAGUAAAUGGAUCUCAGCAAACCCCUGCUGACAGCUUCCUGUUUGGUACCCACCCCAUGCAAGUUGGAAAUCACAAGAAACUGGCUGUAGACCCUCGUAUUGGGGAGAGAUGGCUGAUAGGUUGCUUGCCCUAAUUGGCACUUGGGCAGGGAGGAUAGUCUGCUUUCAUGGCAGCCAGAAAAUCCUCUCCAAAGCUGGAUGCUCCACCGACCAGCCUGGCUGUUCCUUCUGAAAAGCAGGGCUUCUGUCAGAACCGUAAUCAGGUUAAUUUGCUCUGACAUUGGUCUGAGUCUCUGCACACGCAGAACCCUCUUUCCUUGAAUUCUUAGAUUUCACCUCACUUCAAUAGGAAGUCCGGAACUGUUCAGCAGAAUUAUUUCUCUUACGAUGAAAACUGACCUACAAUAAACCAGAAACAUUGGACAACUCAUUUCUGCAGAGAGAUUCUAAGAUGAAAUUUCAGGGGACUCCCACUUUGCUGCUUUGUCUGUGUUCACCACCCCUAAAACAACUGCAGCUUUAAAAACGGUUUUUAAAGACAAAAUGAUGCUAUUACUUUGUAUUGAAUCUACUUCCUUAAAAAGAAAUCCCUUCCCCAAUCCCUGACAAAUCCUUACUGCAUAGCAAAUUCAGCCUGACAAACAUUAUUGCACAUGUAAGAUAUGAAUGUGGAGGGCAAUCUGUAAUCUACCCUUUCCCCUCCCUCCUCUCGCCCCCCUCCCCUUUCUGGAAUUUUUGUUUAAAUUCAUUUCUCAAUGCUUGGUUGGAAGACUGUGACAAAAGCUCAUGAAAAGUGAGUGUUAUUUUUUCUUUUUUUAAAUAUGUAAAGUGCAGUCUUCUGUAUUCAUGCAUAUUGUAUAUAUCUGUAUAUGUUUUACUGAGCAACUAAAUAACAAUAAAUAUGAUGUUAAUGGUGA